AUGUAUUUUAACCGGAGAGCCAAGAAGAUACACAGCGAGGGAGGUUAGCCUUUUCAGACACUCUUAUUUAAUCGUUUCUCAAUCGCUGAUUUAUUCAUGACCUGUCACUGAAAAAUCGUGUUUAUCCAUGUGUUCAUCAAGGCCGCUUUAUCCCCCCCAUGGAGACUGUAGCGGCCUGUGUAUGAUAGUGCGUAUUUGAUAUGUGCUUGGCAUAAUAACGGGGAUCCGUAUUGUCACUGCGGCAUGCAUGUGGGGUGACUUGACGUGCCGGUGUUUAUCCCCUAGCCUCGCUCGUUUUUUGGCACCGGUAGGGUAUGCAAGGACAAGCAGACUGCAGGUGCCAGUUGGAGGCAGCGCCGCCUGUCCUCUGUUUGUGUACACAUGAACAUCAAGUUAAAAUGACAUAUUGAUUCAUGAUAGGACAAAUGUUGUGACUCUGAAUGGAGUGGACUGUGUAUCAUUCGGUAUUGUAUAAUAUUGAUAUAUAUAUAAUAUAUAUAUAUAUAAUAUUUAAAACCUUCUUGAAGGAUGACAUGUGAGCAACUCUACAUAUAUGUAGUUUCAUCUCUAAGUUUUGUAAGUUAUUUGUUAUUGUAAAUAUCUGACCCAAGCCCCCAUAUAUCGGUCGAGAAACGGAACAGCCUAUUACCUGGACGACUUAAAAACCACGUGACCGUCUACAGCUUCACUACACUUAAUUAUGAGCCUGUCAAGAAAAGUAUAUUCUUAAGUCCCAUCUGUAUCUAGAGUCUGUAAUUCCAUCUAAGCAUUAUUUCUUAACCUAUAUUUGUUAAGUCUUUAAAUUCAAUAAACUCUCAUAUAGUGAGAGCAUGAAUGCCAUUUAGGGAGCUGGAGAGAGGAUGAGGGCGUUACAACAUGAUGCUGCAUUGGAUGAUUUCACCCUGACAUGACAUAGGAGUAGAUUGUACCGGAAGAGAGUAGCAUGUGUUUGGCCCAUCUAGUGGUAUUUGAUAGUGACUGCCACAUACUGUUGAGCUGCUUUGCUGUUGUGUGUGAAUGUUUGUGGUUGCGCGCCUCAUGCAGCUUCCAGAAAUAGAAAGCAGGGCAAACUGUGAGCAGAGAUGAGCGCCAACUGGGCUGCGUUGUCUUUAGGCUUGUGCUUCCCGGCUAUUUGUUUGUUGUUAAAGUAAUUCUGAUGUAGAAUUUUCAACUCUGAGGCAGCACAUUUAUCCCUGAACAUUUAAAAGUUGAAGGGGUUUAACUAUGAUUUAAGAAUGUAGAAUAAAUACAAAGAAGUGCAUAGCUCUAUCAUGUAUCCAUGUCUUUUGUUGAGACACUACUCUUGAGACACUGACUUAGCCAUGUGGCAAAGCUUCAAUUAUGAGCUUCAGUAGUUAUCCUCUUGUGGGGCUUGCUGGAACUUUAGUGGACACUUUGGUGCUUCAUGGGGUUUAAAAGUUAUAACAGUGUUUGCUAUUGUUGUAUUUAAAGCAUAUAGGGGUUGUGAAGCUGUACUAUAGUGUGGGAGUCCGUCAGUGUGUACAUGUGUGUUCCCGUCGGGCUUCUUCAUGUUGCCUUUGCUGUAAUCUCUUGGAGCUUGACCUCUUGAUUCUUUGCUCCAAUUAGUGGGCUGCAACAUCCCUGGAUGACGUCUGCAGCUGACAAUCUGUCACAUUCACUCACAUACUCCCAGACACAUUCAUGCACACAAUUAUUAGUUUCUUAUUUUUGAUGUCAAGUACGGAGUGAUUCAGACUCUUACAAACAUUCACGUCCUUUUCAGGUUUCUUAAUGCAACUUCUUACACUUGAAAGCACAGAUAGGAUGAGAAAAAUAUCCUUAGGGCUCAAGCGAAGACAUAAGUGAGUUGGAAGGUUGUCUUGAAUUUCACACAAGGUUUACAUUUUAGUAUGUGGACACUUCUUAUUUGAGGAGUUCAGUGUGUCUGCUGUCAUAUAGCUGAAUGUCAAGAAUACAUCUGUUUUUGGGAGAUAAUGACCGCUCCUCAUGGCUGCCUAGCGACUAAAGAUGCUUUUAUGGAGAUAGCAAGAGGCCUGAUAAAUAGCAGCAACAAAGCACUUACAUAGGCUGAACAUAGGGGGGCGCUCCGGGGCAAGCAACAAACUCCAUCUCUGUGUGCAGCUCUCUGGGUGUACAUUUUCAUUUGUAGGCAUGACUGUCAACUCACUGAUGAUGUUUCCAGUUUCAGGCACAUUCAAACACAUUUACAGUUCAAAUUAUUGACACAUAGAUGUGUUGUGUGCCGUAUGUGUUUAUUGACUUGUUGUCUUGUGUGUGUUGUUUUCUCUUGCCCGGCCCCUCUGGUGCCCACAGAGCAGUUAGUGUUGACCACCAUUAGGCAGGAGGCUUCUGAACUGCAGGACCCAGGCCAGGGCGCCAGCGCUACCAUGCGUGCCUGCCUCACAGACAGGUUUGACAAAAGUGAGUUUGCUCGAAUUAGACUGGAUUGACGCCCCAUUUGUGUACAGAGUCCUGAGGUGCAUGUGGCCAUGCGCAGCAGCUAGAAGCAGGUGUCUCCCAACCCCUGGCCCUCAAGAGCUACAAUGUUUAGUUUCUUACAAGAGAGAGUCUCUGGUUCUUGUCAGAAAAAGGUGAAGACAUGAUCUCCCUGCUGUGGACCCUGAAAAAUGUCACCUGUAGCUCCUUGGGGCCUGGAGUCGUGAAUGCUAAACAGGAUUUAACCCUCUCACUGCAUGUGCUUGUAGAAAGCAGGAUGAUGACCUGUGUAAGACCAUGCUGAAGAAGGCAGACAGAUAAUGCAUCAGGGUCAGAUUUUCAAUAUGUAAACAUUUGCAUGCUUCAGAACACACCACAUGCAUGUUUGGACAUGGCAUGCUUUACAAAGCAUGCACAUGGUCACUUCUGCAUGCAUGUAUGAGACAUAAGUGGUGAGCUGGAUUUACAUAAGGAGGGUUUGAACAUACAUGGCAUCUGUUUUAUUCUCUGACACUCAAAUGCCAAUGUGAUACCUGUUGUACUGCUGUAUUCCAGAUUGCGAGUUGUAUAAACAUAGUGAACCUGGCAAACUGUUUAGGUUUCACCACCUGAUAAAGGACACUGAAAAUCCAAAGGGACACUCUGCCACAUUUCAAGUUAGAAUUGCAUAUUUGUUCGUUACCGCCAGCAACAGCUCACUUAAAAUUCAACCACCCCCUACUGGCUACUAGAGUCAUAUUCUGCCAUACGAUAAAAAGGAAAGUCCUAAAGUCCAGGUAAUGAUACUCUUAGCUAAGAGUUUCUGCUUUUCCUGUUUUCUGAUGUUUUAAUGAUGUUCCAAAUUGUUAGCUUAACCUAUCUAGUUUGAAAGCUACCAACCUUACACUAUGAUGGCUAAUAGGAAUGGUAGCUUGGAAGUUUUCUACUGAAUUAUGUAAGAGACUUGAAAAUUGGCCUCCAGUCUCUUCAUAUUUACCCACUGAUCGUGGCAAUAGCUGAUGAUUAAUCUGGAAGCAGUAUGACGAGUAGUUCUUUUUUUUUCUACACUGACGCAAGUUGCAACCUGGAAAGGCAGGAAAAGAUGAGGUUGUUUGCUCCCCCAUCCCAAGCAUGAUGUCUGAGGAAAGUAGCUGCCAUGGGAAAAAGGCUAAAAGGAGUAGCUGCAUGUUGGGGCCUUGCAUCUUUUCAAACAUCAAGGAUUAUAGUCAUGUGUGAGAGAGAGCGUCCAUAAUGCAUUGUCAAUGUGUAUGAGUGAUCAAGCAGAUAGAGUUAUUAGAUGGUCAAUGUGUCUGUAUGUGUGUGUGGCCGCCUGUGUAAUACAUACAUGAGUUAUGUGCGUUUGUGCGUCCAUUGCAGUCUCACCUGUAGGAUUACCCGGUUAUGGAUUAGAGCAGGUGAAGUUGCAGAGCAGACACAGAGGGGAUUAUCAUGCUUGCUCUCUCGGCUCGUAAGAGGCUUUCUAGCCUUCCUUCGUUCUGUGUUACAGUGGCACAUGGGCCAAUUUGGAGCACAUGAGACUCGGUCUAAGACCUGAGAAUAGGGCCUGCGGGUCACCAAGGAGACCGGUACAGCCAUGGGACGCAGGGGUCAACCAAGCAGAAGGCACUCUGUUGGUAAUGCUUUCGUAAGAAUCUGCAAGAUUGUUAGCUUGUUGUUGUUUUUUUUAAAUUGAAUUCAAAGUUAGUGAGGCUGUGUUUCAGAGACGUGUUUGGGUCAAGAACAUCCUGACAGGGCCUGUGGCUGUUAGAAGAAAUGAAAUCUUGGGACCUUGCUGAUCUAAGGCUUUGACUUUAACUUUGCGGCCAUGUUGCUGUGAGAGGAAGACAAACUGUGCUGGAAUGAAAUAUGCUGAGUUUAUGCAUAUUAUACUAGGAUGUGUCAUGCACAUUUGGGGGCUCAAGUGGAAUUGCAUCUAAAUGUUUUGACAGUUUUUCAGAAAAUAAAAAUAUUGAAACAGCCAGAGUAGAUGUCCUCAGUGUAACUUGUGGGGGCGGGAUUGCUUCGACAGCUGGGGAUAAUUGUAGCUAUUCUACUUUAACGGCUGGUAUGAUUAGUUGCUAUUUCCAUACUAGAUAAUGUCAUCUCUGGGCUUUGUGUUUUGAAGCUGUAUCUAUUUUAAACGUGAUUUCAAUUAAACCUGUAAGCAACUAAGGCUGAGACAUCUGAGCCAUUUAACACACAAUACUGACAGCUGUACUAAUAGACACAGUCACUGAGGGAGACAGCAUGACAGCGGCUGAUAUGUGAGUGGGUUCUUGAUUGAGGCGGCACUGAAGCAUGAUGUCUGGUGAAGUAUGUUUUGCCAUACUGGAAAAUGUAGAUGAAUUAUGCAGCCUGGUGCUAAUCCAUUAUUCAGUAGCCUGGCUUGCUUUUUAUCAGUGAAAGUUUGGCUCCAGGCCAGGGCAGUUUGGGCUCAAUCCCAAAAGCAAAGGUAAUACUCCAUAUUGAGAUGUUAUGAAGCUCAGAUGACUGACAUCCUCAUCGAAUAUCAACCAUUACGGAUUUAAGUGCCUGCAUUGAUGUGCUAACUAGAACAGGUGGUUUUAUCUAAAACAGUUUGACUUUACGAGCUUCUAACAUCAAAAUUUAUAGAGAUGGAUAGUACAAGUACAAGGUGACAUGUCUUGUUCAAGCCUAAUGUUUGUAGCAGAGUAUUCAGAGUGUUUUCUGGGAUGCGUCAGUGCAGCCUUACCUUGUCUGGCUGCAGAUUUCAUGCACGGUGUGUACCUGUUUGGCCUAGGUGCUUCAUGUGUAAUUGACCUGGCUGUGCUCUGUUGGGGUUUGCUGCUGACUCAUCGGUGGUGCAUCAGUAAUGAGCUACGGAGGUGACUGCGCCUGUACUCCAUCAGAGAUGAGUAACUGAGGCAUUGAUCUCUCUAGAAAUGAAUCAGAGCUGAAGUGGGCUGCUGAGAAAGCCGUUAUUGAUCUGCUUUGGAAAAGGUAGAGUGUGGAGAGGUUGAAAGGUUGAGGUAAAAGGGUGAAGAAAUAAGCAACAAGGGAGAAAGAAAGGCUUACAGAAAGGGUUCAAGAUGACAUUAGCGGUAAUAAUGUACUUUGGCCUCCUCUACCUUUAACCUUGUAUCAUCCUUAAUCAUAUCCUAACAAUCUCAGGUUAUCUGGACUGACCCCAGGGCUGUUUGCACUGCUGAGCUUUGAAUUUGACUUACAGCCCUGGUAGGUCCGGGGGUAAUAGCCUGGUCACUGAUAUAGAGAUGAGAGAUAGGCUGCUUAUUAUCAUUCUGCUUGGACAGACUUUGACCUGAGCUCCCAGCCUUGAGCAGAGACUCUGGUGCUGGUGUGGAAUAGCAGUGAACUGAGCCCUUAAAAUUUCAAGGAAAUUGCCUUUUCAAAAGUAGACUGGCGGUGACGUUUAUUGCCUUAACUAAAGAAUUGCCUCCCCACCAAGUUACCCUCAGUUGCACUCCUAAAACGAUGCAAACACACAGUUUAGUAUUUCUUUUAAAGGAAAACAGAAGAAACAGAUGUGUAGAUAUCGGGUGGAUAAGUGUGUCUGGCUUAUGUCUGGGUCAUUUUACAAUUCCUUGCCUAUUUUAGCCCAACAGCUUUAGUGGAAUAUAAUGAUGUUUUAAUAAGUUUGGUCAUUGAUGAGGGGAGAGGACUGUCCAUCCACUGUAGGAAUGUGGUGCUUCAGAAAUAGACUCUCAGGAGUGAGGAAAUUCAAUCUGCCAAUGCCUGGCAGUGCUUUUUCUUUCCUAAAUUAUUCAUGUAAUUAGGCUGUUGUUGUUUUCGCCUACAGGCGAACCUACGGACAGUCACCACAAACUUAUUUUAGAAUUAAUAUACACUAACAUUACAAUUAAGACGGUUUAAUUGUGUACUGUUGGACAAAUUAAAGAAUGUUUUGGGCACAACACACCCGUGUUAACAUCUUAAAUAGUUUAAUAAUGGAUUUUAGGAGUAGGUUAGUUUACCUGGUGUGUAACAGAAUGAACUAUCCUGCACAGCUGGGGUUUCAGAGACUCAUGGACAUAGCGGUGUGCAAACUAACGAGAAAGACGUGAAGUGCAGAAACUUGAAGCCGGUGGUCAUUACUGUUGCACUGACAUCACAGACGAGAGGAAGUGACAUGGAGUGAUCUCCUGAUGGAUGGUUGCCCCAGGCUUGUCAUUCGACCCAUCUGAGUCCAGCACAACCUCAAGGCGAUAUGAGGCGUCUGGCCCUUUAAAAGCGGAGCCCCGGCUUUGCCCCUCCGCGGCACUGAAGGAGCUCCAUAUGGCUUCCUCCUCUUGUUGUCUGGACUGGCAGCAGCAGCGUGUGUCGCUCAGCAUCAAGCUGGAGGGGGGAGAUCUUCCAAACCGAGCCAGAUAAAAAAAAGGCUUCCCGGGGCGGCAGGUGGCCAGAUGACACUACAGUGGAGCUUGGCGGUCCAGUAUCUUUUACCGGAACCGGGAGUUUCCUCUUCAGCAAGGCCGAAGAAGGGGAGAGGAGGCACGGGCGCGCUGCUGCAUCUGUCCUCGCCCAGGUUUGCCGUUGUUACACCAGCUGAGUAAACUGUGGCGUCCAGCCCUGUUUGCACUGCUCUCACUUCCCCACAGUGCCCUUGCAGAACCACACAUAUGAUCCAGUUAUUAGACGCACUCGAGGGUGUAGAGAGCCCUUCUCCUGGCGCUCAUGCGGGGGUGAAUGAGCGGAGAUCACGACGCGUAGAAAUGGUUGAAGAUGACAAAGAGAGAGCCUGCAGAAGACGCGUGUUGCGUCCUCUUCUCUCACUUCUUCUCUCUCUCUUUUUUAACCCGGGGUUAGUUUGUUCCUGUAGCAGUGUGCAGCGGCUCUUCUCUGUGUUACAUGUGCAGAAGUUGACGUGCUGAUGAUAAAACAGACGAUCCCGGUGUGUUUGUUCGCCAUUGUGCAUCCCUCAGCACAUCCAUUAUACGCGGGGGGUCCCGUGGGCGUCGCGAAACGCGCGUGUGUGCAUUGACGGUACCUGCAUAAUAAUACUGACAGACAAGGGGGCUGUUUAUACCGGGAAACGUCAUUGAAUCGACCUCGCCGGCUUCAGCAUACAUCAGCAUACAGUAGUCUCUAGUACUAAUUGGUCGCCUUCGCUUUUGAACUGUAAACCACGUCUCCCGUCUAUGUUUCUGUUCCACUCCCUCCCUCCCCUCUCUCUCUUUCUCUUUCUCUCUCUCUCACUCUAUCUCUGUCUCGCUGUCUCUCACUCACAUUCACUCAGCCUCGCCUCUCUCCCAUCAAUCCAACGGUGCAGGACCUGCUUGCUCGUCCGCCGGUUACCGCAAGGCAGAUGAUGAGAUGUCCGGGACCACUUCCCAGGCGGAUCCCAUAGACGCCUCGGCGCGGACGGUGCUACUCAACCGGCCACAGGUGACCAAGUUCUGCGACAACCACGUCAGGUAGGCGCUCACCUGGGCUUUUACUCUUUGCAUGUUGGUUUUAUGUUUUCUGGCUUGUGUGUGCACGUUUUUUGUUAAACCACUGGGUAAGUUAAAUAUUAGCCUACAUGAUUAACAAGCAGCAGAAAGAUAGUAGGUUAAAGUGCAACAGAUCUACUUUAAUGACAGAGAGAUAAGACUUCUGAAACCCUGCACCACUUUAUCCGAUACUUUUUGAUUAUUUGAAGUUGAUUAUGAAGUUGUAAAGCUCACCCUGACUUCUUCCCUGAAAUCUUUUCACUGAGGGUCAGAGUUCGGGGUGGGAUUGUUGGUAUUUAAUGCCUGACAGAGAGGUAUGUGAAUGUUUGCUGAAAGAAGCUCUUUACUCAUGUCUUUGGAGUGAAGGACGUUACAGCCUGUUGUGUAGACUUUGGACCACUGAGAUUUACUUAAUACUCCCGGUUUGAGAGUGUGUGUUUUCAGUCUAUAAUCACAUCAGUUCUGUGGUGAGAUUAUUAAUGAACCUCUUCAACAUCUCACCUAUUGUGUGAUUAUUUACAACGCUGACAUUAGUCCCAGCCUGAGGUCCACAUUAAGAUGUGAGUGGAAAAGUGCUUGGCUUAACAGCUUUACAUGACAGUGUGGCUUAAUCAAUAUGUCCUCAUGAAUAUUUAAGGCUGCCAAUGAAAGUAAAGUAACUACACGUACAUUUGUUUACAUAAAUCAGAGAAAGCGCACCAGCCGUGUCGAUCCGGUCAAAGGUGUGUUUUGUGUUGGAGGAUCUGAGAGGGGUCAUGGUGGAGAAGAUGACACCGUGAUUGACAGAUGAUUGGAUUUCUCUGUGGGAUUGUCUUUAUUGUGUCUCUCAAUGGUCCGAGCUCGAAAUCUAUUAUUAUUUUACACACUGUGCAGACGUGUCUCGUUAGUGUCCAACAGUGACUACCUGAGGGAAUUAAUCUUUCCUUCACUGUCACAGGCAGGGUAACAGGCACAGCCAACCCUCACUUACUGUUGUAGAUGAGUCCCUGUUAUCAACAUAAUCCCAGACGCUAUCAGCAUAUCUGAUAGUCCAACAUCAAGUUGAUUCAUGUGAACAGAAUUGGAGUUUCGGUCAAUACACGGACAAUUUAAUCUUUGUGUUUACGAUGUUAUUCUUAUUCACAAACUAAACUUGGCGCCAUUGGUUACAUUAGGGUCAUGUUGCUGUGAGUUAAAUGUCAGCUGACAUUUACGAGAGUGCCAUUAUUUUCAGGAGAUUUGAUUUCACUCUUAAACAGCCUAUUUCAGCCCUGUAAAUAUCAUUAAGGUGAGGCGGCUGCUCCCUGUCUCACCUGAUUGGAUAGUGUGCGGCGUUUUUCGCCUCUGCUGCAUGCUGAUUGGCGACUCAGGAGCACUUUGGCUCCUGAGGCAUGCCCUUUGAUGUCCCUGUGUUCCUGUAACGCUUUAGUUUAUGCUUUAAAGGUUCAAUAGCCUUAUUGAUUUUUCUGAGAUUAAAGCCUUGUAGCUUUUAUCUGCACUCUCGACUCACCUCCUCUCCAUUCGAUGAGUCUUUCACUUCCAUAUUUCACCGUAUGCAGUUUUGUGAGUACAAACUGAGCAUUAUUGCUGCUCUCCAAGGCACAAUUCAACAAAGUAACCUGCUUUAUUAUUCUUAAAGAAAGACGGACAUAAAAUAAAAGUUUCUUUCACAAACACCUGCUUUUUCCACAAGUCUUCCUGACUGUGCUGCUCUGUUCAGUUUACUACAGCCAACUUUUUUCUUCUGGUUAAUAAUGCAUGGAGAACGCUGACCUUUUUUUCAAGAUAAAAAAACACGACAAAGGCACGAAUCAGCGUGAGAGCAACACCCCUGCAGCUAACAGCUGUUAACAACAGCAGCAAGUUGGACAUCCAUUUGAAAAAUAACACAGACAGAUGUUUUUGCAUGAUUUUUUUUCUGGUUUCGUGUUCAUGCAUGUGUGUAUUUGAGUGUGAUUGUGGAGUCUGGUGUCACACGUCUUUGAUUAGAUUGAGGUGGCUUUAUCUGUUAGAUCACGGUUGUAGUAUCAAGUUGUCCUCAGGAGUCAAGGGGAUCAGGGUCAGGGCAUUAAUCGUGUAAGUGUUUGUGUGAGUGUGUGUGUGUGUGUGUCUGCCUGUAAGCAUGGGAUAGACAAACAGCUGUUGCUUCUCUGUUUUGUGUGUAAAGUCCCUCCUUUUAAAUAAUAAAAAAAAUGUUAUAUAUAGGUGCCUUUCAGGACACUUAAGGUCACCAUAACAGAUCAGUGAAAAACAAAAUCAAAAAAACUUUAAAAUAUAGACUUUUGCAGUUUUGUGUCUAUAAGAGUAAAACAGAAGGGAAAUAGAAGGGAUGAGUUCAUCUCAGAGGAGAAUUUGAGCAGAGAUCGAGUGGUGGGUUGCACUUACCUGAUGCACUCAUACACAAACACACACUAUCCAUUAAACAAAAGCCAUGGUGAAAGCACUCACUUUUCACUCAGGCCAUACUGGAAUAAAACAAGGAAGGGCUUGAACUGAAGGUUGACUUUUUUUAUUUUUAGCCACUGUAAAAGCUCUUACGGUAGCUCCUGAUUGUAGCAAGGCUAAUCAAUACAGGAGUCUGAUCAGUUGAUUGACAGACAUGUCGGGGCUGCCAAGGUUUCUUGCACCUUUUUUUGUGGGUGCUAGGUCUAAAUUUAGAUUACUGGAUUUAAAUCAUUGCUUUAUUUUUAGGUGUGAUGUGUGUGCAGGUCAUAAUGUCUGUGCUCGCUCUUUCUGAGCACAAUUGAGUUUUUCUAAUAGAUUUUUAAGUGCUGCAAUAUUGACCUGCAAUAAAAAAGGCUGUAGCUAUUCAGCCUUUAAGGUAAUGCUGCUGAAGUGUGUCAGGUUAAAAAAUCAUUAGCACACAAUUUAUGCGCCAAACCUUUGCUAAUGCACCACCUGGCUCAGCCGCUGUCUGUCUGAAUAUCAGCAAAACUUAAACUUUGCUCUCUCCUUUUUCUGCAGCACCACCAAGUAUGGAGUCCUCACCUUUUUGCCCCGUUUCCUGUACGAGCAGAUCAGGCGGGCGGCAAACGCCUUCUUCCUGUUCAUCGCACUCAUGCAGGUAAGCAUUAUGUACAGAAAAAUAAAAUAAAACAGAAAUACCAAAGGACUAAAAAUGAGAAAAUGUUUGACAAAUGAUUUAGAAUACGAGGAUUAGAAGUUUUUUCUUUUUAAGCCCUCGACCUGCAUUUGAAACAGAGGGAUAAUCUUAUGUGGAUUGUCGAAAGCCAGUGUCCUCUCAGAACAGUAGACUGCACCACUUUUUAGUUUAGCAAGUAAACUCCUCCUGACCAAAGCCAGCUUUUACUCAAAACCUCUGCAGCAAGGGCAACGAAAGAUGGAAAGACAUAGUGAUCUUCAAAGUAAAAAAUGUCUUAAAAGUACGCCAAUUUAAUCAGCAAAUAAAUCAGAGUUAUGUUGUUGAUUUUAAGAUGUUAUUGGAGGAAUCUUAAGAGAUUGACAGGAGAGUGUGAGACUGUUACUGAACUGUUUUCUUUUUAUGUAUACUUAUAUUGUCUCUAUCUCUGGUUGGGCUGGUUGAUGAUUAGUUUAUGCUCUAUUUAUGACAAUUUGUAUAUGUUUUGACCUUUCCCUCAUACUCAUUGUAUAUCUAUAACCUGUCUCUGUCCUUAUUACUUUGUUAUUUGCACCCUAUGCCCUCACUGCCCUGACGGGAGUGGAACUCUGUAUAAGCCUAUCAGCUUCGUUCCCUCCUUGCACUGUUUUAAUCUGUGGUAAAUAGAUAAAUAGAAAUGGAAAUAGAAACGGAUCAAUGGCUUUCGUUAAUAGUGCCAUUAUCCAGCUAAAAGCUUUGCAGAUCACCAUGGCGUUCGUUUUUAAAUGGAGAUAAAUUACCUAAUAUCUAAUAAACUACAUUUGUCAGUUUGUCAGUUUCAUCACUCGCUUGAAUGGUGUUAAACCCCCUUUUUCAUCUGUGCUAAUACAGCAUCUCUCUUGUGUCUUAAAAGUAUUUUGACAUAAUGUUGGUGGUCCAUCAUGGAUGCUUAAAGCUAUGAACACUGACCAUCAAAAGUAAUUUCUGAGUGCCACUGCUCUUGACUCCCUGCAGCAAAUCCCUGAUGUAUCACCGACCGGUCGCUACACCACACUGGUCCCGCUCAUCUUCAUCCUCACUGUGGCUGGGAUCAAAGAGAUCAUAGAGGACUAUGUGAGUAUUACAUCGACAUCAGCUGUGCGGACGGAAAACGAAACUGUCAAAAUGAGGAAGGAUGCGUUUGUAUGUCUUUAAGGCUGAUGCUUAAUUUAUCUGUUCGUUACAGAAAAGACACAAAGCAGACAACACUGUCAACAAGAAGAAGACAACAGGUAUGAUCUGUGUGUGUGUGCGGUCAUCAACUGUCUGUGCAUUUUUCCAUGAGUGUGCUUAUGUCUGUUUGCAUGGGUUUUGUUUUCCUUUCAUGGCUGACUGAAUAGCUGUUGUCUGUCACUCACUAUAGUGCCAACCCCAGACAAAAGUUUGAGGCUAUGAAUACUGUAUGAGCGCUGUCUAUAGGCUGACUGAUGGCUGUGUUGUCCUUGUCUCUCAGUGCUGCGAAACGGAGCCUGGCAGACGGUCAUCUGGAAACAGGUAUCAUAGACUUCAUCUCACUCCUCACUCCUCCUGUGUGUCAUCUUUUUCUUUCCCCUCCCCAAGUUUUAUAAUUGAGUUAUAAACUUUUAAAAGGCACGAACGAGGUAAUAUAACACUGAAUGGAGCAACAUAGAUGUGCGAGCUGAAAGGAUACAUUUCUCAGCGAACAAAACCAAAUCAAUAACGUAAAUAUAAGGUAAUGCACUUAGCCAGGAUUUACAGCCAGAGCAGGGAGGGUUAUAAAAAUGACAUACUGGGUGAUAAUAAUAGAAUAGGGUCAUUAAAAGUCACACAUUUGCAGCCAAACAUGCGGCUAAUUUAUUGUUCUUUCGUUAAGUAGAAUUUGGGAUUAAUGUAACUCAUUUGUUUGCUUUAAUUUUUAAUAACCAGUGUUUUCUUUGUCCCUGUGGAGCUGUUUUUUCAGUCUGGCUCUCACCUGUUGUGUGUGUUUAUCCCUGUUUUGCUUUGCAUUCCUUUUGUUCUGUGUAUUUGUAGUCACUCGUUCCAUGUUCGGUCCAGCUCCGUCUGUGCUUUGGAUCCCUGACAGGAAAAAGAUACUCUUCCACUUAGUAUUGAUGUUUCAUGGCUGGAUUACAACUAACUUUGUUUGUUGUUUUCACUGGUGCAAUUUGUCCAAUUUUCCACAUAGACAGACCCCGCUAGUGGAAUAAUUAGGUUUUCUUUGUUGCUCUGCAUUCGAAACAGGGAUGCUUGAGACCCGCUGACCCCAAAGCCGCCUUCUUCCUGUGGUAACCUGAGUAUAAUGAACCAUAGCGCAGUGCCUCCUUACUGUAUGUUUCUACAGAAAAAGUCUGGACCAGUGUUCUUGUCACCAGGUGGUCUCCUCAAAUGUACUCAUUAACUCUGGAGUCGGGCUGUGUACAGUCAUGGCUCCGCAGGUUUAAAUGAAAUCAUACUUGAGCUCUGGUUAUUCGGGUGACAACAGUGUGGAGCAGGAAUUUAGCCCCCGUCGUCACUCAAAGACAGCACAGGUGAAGGGCUUUACUCAUAUUAAAGAGAAGUGUUGAUGCUUCGUUUCCCUGACACACCACUUCUUCUUAAUAAGAGAACUCUUUGUUGCAGACUUGUAUUCUGCCUUUGUUACAUAAUUUGACUAAAAUAAGAAAAAUCUCCCCUUGUGAUUAAUUACAUGCUAUAAGAUCAGUGAAGUAGCGCUUUGGUAGAAAGCCAGUUCGCCCCAAAGGAGGGUCCCACAAGAGAGUUGUGUCAAGGCAUCAGUAAACAGUCCUCAGAUCACAGCCCAUGAUAUGUGUUGGUGUCCAGAUUGUAUUUUGUCUAUAGCUCUGGGAAAACAAGGCUCCAGAUUUAGAGGGUUUGAAGAACGAGUUUCAGUCGUUUUAAUGGCAUACCGGCUGUGUCUGAACUUGUUUACUUCUCUGAUAAUAUCAAUUCCUCAUACAAAAACCUCACAUUUUCAUGUUAUCUCAGUUCUCUCAUUGUCAAGAUGACUUUCAGACCUACUAUUUCUCUGUUUUUACUUCUCUUUUUUUAUUGUCUGUGUUUUUUUAGGUGGGUUUUUAUAAAAGUAGAAUUCAUGAACUGUGAACUCUUCUCUUUGUCCUCAUUUGCGUUUGUGUUUUUUUUCCUCCCCAUCUUUUUUAUACUUAAAAUCUUUGUGUCUUAUCUGGUCUUCCUCUGUUGCAGCAGCCUCAUAAGAACAGUUAAAGCUUUGCACUGCUGUGCUUGCUGUCACUUUGUCUCAAAUCAUUCUCUCUCUCUCUCUCUCCCUCUCUCUCUCUUUCUCUCUCUCUGGCUGGCUCUUAGUUGUUCUCCAAUUAACAUGCUUCUUGUUUCCUCUCCUUACCCCUCACUCUAUGCCUUAAUUCCCCCCUUUUCCUCCCCUCUCACGCUGCACUGCUGCUUCCUGUCCACAAGGUGGCAGUAGGAGACAUUGUGAAGGUGACCAAUGGCCAACACCUUCCAGCUGACAUGGUUAUUGUGUCCUCCAGGUCAGACUCCAUGUGUAUGAGUGUGCAUAUGUGUGUUUAUGUGUAGGCCUUCAUUUAUGUGUUUGAAUCAUUUUUGUUUGUUAUGCAACCUUUGAAGGCUGUUGCUGAUCAUUUUCUGAUUAAUAAAUCAUUGACUGAUAUUGUUGAUUGAUAGUUUUGUCUCAAUGAUGGAGACAUAGCUCAACUCAUAGGGACUUAAAAGCUUCAGGGAGUUUGAUUUCAAGGUGAUCUCUAUAUUUAAAUGUUAUAAUGAGUAAAUGUUUGUUCUCACUCCUUUUACAAAUCUUGGUUUUACAAGUCCUGCUGAUUGAUUAAUUGAAUGAUUCGUGAUCGUGAUGCAUCUCUGCUUCUCCUCCGCAGUGAACCUCAAGCCAUGUGUUACAUCGAGACCUCCAACCUGGAUGGGGAGACCAACUUGAAGAUCAGACAGGUACGAUAAAUCUAUCUCAUGGUUAGUGCCUCCCUUUCAAACUUGGGAUAAAAUGUAGUUUAGGAUUUGCCAAAAACACGAUCUAGUUCUUGUCACUGAUCAAACAGCAAAUGUAGUGUAUAUCAUAUCAAAACCUCCCUUUUUUCACCGCGCCCACAUUUGGAUAGCAAUCGCACACUAAAUCAUAUUCUGUUUCUUACACUCCCAAGUUUCUGUCUGCCUCCUUUUUUUCCAUUCAUGUUCGACCUGUUUCUGAAUGAAUCCAUCUUUCUCUAUCACUCACUCUAUCACUCACUAGUAUCUUGUUUCCUUGAUCAGAUUUCCUUGACUCUCCCUGUCAUGACCAAUUUCUCUCAUCCAGGGUCUGCCGCUCACAGCAGCAGCACAGACGCUGGAGGAUUUGAUGGCGAUGUCUGGCCGUUUGGAGUGUGAAGGCCCUAACAGACACCUGUAUGAUUUUACCGGCACUCUGCGGCUGGAGAACCAGAAGUAAGACACAAAUAUAUGUGGUUUUGUGGUUAAAAUUAAAAGUUUAUUUGUCACUUGUUCACAGUGAAAAAGUUUGCAAACACUAAAGCUUGAUGAGAGUCUUGAAGAGGAAUCUCCUCAAGUGUGGCCAGCAUUCUCCUCCAGGAAUACAAGUCUUUUUAUCAGGUUUCAUUGUCUAUCAUCUCUCUUGUUUUCUUUAGUCCAGCUCCCCUGGGUCCAGACCAGGUGUUGCUGCGUGGCGCUCAGCUCAGAAACACUCAGUGGGUUGCAGGAAUUGUAGUCUACACUGGCCACGACUCCAAACUGAUGCAGGUAAUUUUGAUGUCUGAGAAAUCCCAACUCAAGAAGAAUUUGGGCGUUAAAUUUGACAUUUUUUUUCUACUCUGACAUAAAUUACUUUUGGAUCGACCUCGCCAUUUCUUUGAGGGUGUAAUUAACCAUUCAACAAAUCUAUAACCAGGAGUGCAUCCAAGCUGAGAGAGACUUAAAAUCCUCCAUCCCUGUAUUUGAACUGCCGACGCGCUCUCCUGCCAAAACUAAUCAGAAACAUUAGAAUGAUAAUUUUAUGCUUAAAUAACAAAUUCAAUUAAAGCAGAAAAGUGUGUAAAGGUUGUCUUAUUAAGUGUGUUAUCGUGUUUUACCUCCUCUCAGAACUCUACCAAAGCUCCCCUGAAGCGCUCUAAUGUGGAGCGGGUGACCAACAUGCAGAUCCUGGUCUUGUUUGGCAUCCUGCUGGUCAUGGCCCUGGUCAGCUCUGUGGGGGCUGCCAUCUGGAACAGGGAACACACUGAAGACGCAUGCUGGUACCUGUCCCGGGCAGGUGAGAACACAAAACAAACUAACAACGCUCACGACGUGUAAAAAGAUAAAAAUCCCGAUAAUGAAGAAAAAGGAAACAUGAGACUUUCUGGUGUUUGUGCAGGCGACAUCUCUACAAACUUUGCGUACAACCUGCUGACCUUCAUCAUCCUGUAUAACAACCUGAUCCCCAUCAGCCUGCUUGUCACUCUGGAGGUGGUCAAAUUCACACAAGCACUCUUCAUCAACUGGGUAUGUGUGUUUUGGCAUUUCCAUUCUCAAAUAUAUCGAUGUUUAAAUAGUCAAAUACUCCUUAUCACUCUGUUUGUUAUGUUCUUCGACCAGGACAUGGAGAUGUACUACUCAGAAACAGACACCCCAGCCAUGGCUCGAACAUCCAAUCUGAAUGAGGAGCUGGGGCAGGUUAGUUUCUCCUCCUCGUCAUCAUCGAUGGCAGUGGGACUGAAGCAGCUAAAAUCACACACUCGAUCAAACACGUCUGUCAGCGUUUGUCUUCUUCUGUUUUUGUAUUUCCAGGUGAAAUACCUUUUUUCUGACAAGACGGGGACUCUGACCUGUAACGUCAUGCACUUUAAGAAGUGUACUAUUGCAGGAAUCACAUACGGGUAAGUCUCAUCUUUCUUGGUUCAUUCAUUCUUUACUCUCCACUCACUAAACGAAUUCAGCCUUAAAACAACACCUUUCCACUGAGUUUCCUUUUUAAUCUCAAACUGCCAAAUUAAUUAAUGACUAACUUGUUGUGAAGAAAGGUUUCUCAUUAACUAGUUGAUUAAACUUCUGCACGCUUGAUCAAAUCACCUAAUCGACUCACCACCUGAUUCCUUUUGCAACCCCAUCUGACGCUGCAGCCACUUCCCUGAUCUUGACUGUGACCGGUCAAUGGAGGAUUUCAGGUAAAUGACUUUCUCCUCCGACGCCUCCAUACUUCUUCUCAUUUCUGAUUUUCUCCUCUCUGUUUGAGAAUCUGCAUCUACCCAUGAUCAGAAAUGGAUCCAUCGAUCAAUUUUUUUGGUCAAAGCAACAAAAAACGAUGUUGUUUGAGCUCUUUUUUUCUGCUUUAUGACUGAAAUAUCUAUUUUCCCAUCUCACAGCAAUCUGCCAUCCAACAGCAAUAACUCCACAGAGUUUGAUGACCCAACGCUCAAUCAAAACAUAGAGAACCAUGUAAGAAUCUGUGGAGGAUGUCUCAUAUUUCUUUAUAGAUAUUGUUAAAAAGCAUGCUCACUAUGUUUUGUAUGUUUGCGUGUCAGCCUACAUCACCUCAGAUCUGUGAGUUCCUCACAAUGAUGGCAGUGUGCCACACAGUGGUACCAGAAAGAGAGGAAAACCAGAUCAUCUUCCAGGCCUCUUCACCAGAUGAAGGAGCGCUGGUCAAAGGGGCGAAAGGCCUCGGGUUCGUCUUCACAGCAAGAACACCGGACUCAGUCAUAAUCGAAGCUGUAAGUGUUCAUCAUAUCUGAGUUUUCCUGCCGCAGGAGCUACUUCUGUGGGAAAGUUAUGAGCUGACAUGUCGUUGUGUGUUUCAGAGGGGGAAGGAGAUGAGCUAUGAGCUACUAAAUGUUCUAGAGUUUUCCAGGUAAAUACUCCCAUAAAAGUCCCUCUCAGUCAGUAAAUAACUCUGUAAUUUAAGACUAGUGUGUUUUAAAACUAAGCCCACUGCUUCCUUCACAGUAACCGCAAACGCAUGUCUGUGGUGGUCAGGACCCCCACCGGGCAGCUUCGCCUGUACUGCAAAGGAGCGGUAUGUUUAUCUCAUUAAAACUCUGAACAGAACUAGAAGAGUUUGAGACAUUUUUUAUUUAUGACUGAGCUUUUCUAAUUUCUUAUAUUUUGGCAGGAUAAUGUCAUUUUUGAACGGCUGACCGAGUCAUCGCAAUACAAAGAUUUAACUGUCGCACAUCUGGAACAAUUUGCUACUGAAGGUAAGAAGGCAAAAUGAGAACAGGACUUGAAGCUAUCAUUGUAUUUGUCUUUUUUUUUUUUUUUACACUCAUUAUUGCAAAAAUUUUUACAGGCGGUGUAAUUCUUCUCGACUAUAGUAGAAAUAUUGAAUUUCCCCUUCAAGGAUUAAUAAAGUUCUUCUUAUCUUAUCUUAUCUUCAAUAACUCCUGACUCCUUCGGACUUGAAGCGUGACCUGAGCUAAUUUUUACCCAACAAUACUUUUAUUAGUUUUAUACAGAUUAAUUCAGUUCAAUAAGCUCUUGAAAGAGCACAAGAUCCAAAAGAAACAUUAAUCACAAACACCCCCUUUCCCUCAAGACCCUGUCUACUGCCGGAUAUUCCUAUUACUGUGCUUAAAUAACAAAUUCUGGAGCCAAAAAAAAAAACAGUUGCUGGAAUUCUGGUUUUAUAGACCCUGAAAUAUAAGACGUUGAGAAAUAAAAAGUAAAAAGAAAAUAAGUUAAAUGAACUACUGUACGUUAAGAGAAAUACAAAGGUAGACAAAAAGUCCAUAAAAGAGAUGAGAAUUUGAUUUGAUUGAUUAUAAAACAUCACAGAUAUAUAUAUAAGAAAAAAAAGAACUAGAAGAGGAGAGUGCUGAUUCAAAAUGAUGAGAGUUUCUGCGACCGAGUAACGAAUCCUCUCGAAGUCUAAACAAGACGUAAGAUCUGACCCGAGCUCAUUUGAUUACAGAUCUGAACAUUGGGUCAUGGUCUCUGGUUCUUUUCUUUCUCAUGGAAAAUACAGGAUUACUCUCUAACCCAUUGAAUAAUACUAAUCCACUCCUGCUCUGUGAUCACACUGGUUCAUCAUCGCCUUCUCUCUUCCAUACAGGUCUGAGGACUCUGUGCUUUGCCUAUGUGGACCUGGAAGAGGGCGCCUACCAAGACUGGCUGAAGGAGUACAACCUUGCUAGCACUGUGCUCAAAGACCGCGCUCAGAAACUUGAAGAGUGCUAUGAACUUUUAGAAAAGGUAAUCACAAAAACCGCCUUGUAAUGGACUUUAUUUCAAAAGUAAAAAAUAUUAGAGGUGUUGACAAACUUUAAAUCAUGGCAGAGACCCAAAGGAAAAAGCAGUUAUUCCUCACACACUUGUAAAUACACACGAUAUAAUUGCCAGCAGGGGGCAUAGUGGAUCUAUUACUGCUCGCUUGGGGCUCCUUCACUUCAUUACUCACAGUCGGUUUCCCCUUCAAGGUGUGUCUUUUUCUGAGAAAGAUGCUAAGAGGCAAAUCUUGGAACAGCACUAAAUGGUUUGGGCAGUGACUCGGUAGAAUCACUUCAUCAGCUGAGAGGUAUUCAUAGAAGUGAGUUGAACCGAUGGGUGGAAAACUCAAGGACUGGGCUCAGUGACCGGAGGUGAGAAAAGUAAGUGAAGAGGAAAAAAAAAAAGAGGAAGCAAAAGGAGGAGGAGGAAGAGGAGGAGGGGGUUCAGACUGGGAGACCACAGGGGUAAUUACCUGCACCAGCCUGCCAAAAGCCCCAUAAAACUGGAGUCAACACCACUGUAGUGUUAACUUUGUGUGUCUGCGUGAGUGUUUGUGUGUGCCGCUGAGUGUGUCUAAUGAGGCUACACAUGCAUCUAAAUGCUGAACAAAUUAAAGCAAGGGGGGGGGGGGGGGGGGGUAAUGGGUUACCUCUUGGCACGAACACACAGAGCUGGUACAGAGGUCCAAAAAAUGAGCGGUGUUGGUAAACUGGCUGGCACCGUUCUUAUCCCUAAAUUAGAUAUGGAUGAUGUUCCCGGGGGGAUAAAGAGCCCUCACAUUUAGGCUGCUGAUGUUUGGUGGGAACUUUGACAUGCGUGGACAUGAGUUAACCCUUUAAUUCUCCUUUCUUUCCCCUCUUUGUUCACAUCUAAUCAGUCUCUGUAUUUGUUAAUCUCCUCUGUUCCACGGACAGAAUCUGCUGCUGCUGGGCGCCACAGCCAUAGAGGACCGUCUCCAGGCUGGCGUGCCCGAGACCAUUGCCACUCUGAUGAGGGCCGACAUCAAGAUCUGGGUCCUCACGGGGGACAAGCAGGAGACAGCCAUCAACAUAGGUGAGAGCACUGAAACAAAAACAGCUUGACAUGCGUCGUUCAUGUCAGAAACUGAUUGAAAGUGAGGGCCGCUGAUGAGACAGUGAUGGUCUGGGAAGCCCCCUCGUCGCUCGUGUUCAGCAGAGCAAGAAACCCUGUGUGCUACGGACAUUAUCAAAUUAUGCCUAGAAGAAGAGCAGGCAUUAUGCUGGCUGAGAAUUUCCAGACAUGUCUCCAAUUUUCAAGUGAGUAGCAGAGUGCUCAAGAUAGUCAGCGCUCUAAAUUGCGCUGUAAUGGCGCUGGUGUGUUUAGGUUUUCUUGGCUGGUCUGGGUAAAUCUGGAGGCAGAAAUCUGUGAAAAAACAAGACUGAAAAAGCAAGUAGACAUGUCUUUAUCUGACUCUAUUCUCCAAGACUGCAUUUAACAAAUCAUCUUUUCUUUUUUUAUACACCUCUAUGUAUUUAGAAUAAUUGUGGGGUAGCGCUUUUGUAGAUGAAUUUUGCACAACAAGCUAAAAUAGAUAUAAAGAAGACUGGAGUCAGGGAGCCUUGUAUAAGAAUGGAGCGGGAUUUAGCAAAUCCACUCUUACAUGAGAGCAGUUUUUCACCUGUGUUUUGGGUUCGAGUAAAUCUAAUCCCUCGCCCAUCCCCCCACUCUCCUCCUUUCUCUGUCCCUGUCUGUUUCUCAGGUUACUCCUGUCGUCUGGUGACCCACGGCAUGUCUCUCAUCAUCGUCAACGAGGACUCUCUGGAUGUGAGUGGGCUCUUUUUUUUUUCUUCUUUGUGCUCUCAUUUUGUACAGUACCGGGACUUUUUUGUGUUUGUUUAUGUGUGUGCCUAAAGGAGGAAGUCGGGUGUGUGAAGAGGCUUUAAGCAGGUUACCGUGGGAACUAGGGUGUGGUCCACAGUGGGAUUGGUGGGUGGGGCUCUUUGUGUGCUCACAGGUGCAGGUAAUUAAAGUCUCUGGUGUCUCUUUGGAGAAAGGGAUGAAAAGAGAAAAGUCCUGGACUAUCACUGUUUCCCCCCCCUUCUUUGACAUGUACUUACAGUAGCAGGCCUCCUCCAGCGUUUCCUGCGUCUGUUUGUAACAUGUGUCGCUGAAAACCAACAGCGUGUUCAUGCUUUUAGCUCAGAGCGAGAUCUGAAACAUUCUUCACCUCCAGAUUUGAUUUUCUACCCCAGUUAUGUCUUCUUUACGUCCAGGCCUCAUGUGUGACUGCUUAACUUAAGUGGUUUGAUUACUGUCAUGUGUCCGUCUCCCUUUCACACGUUCACACACACUAGCUGCUGUGUUUACACUUAAACAUGUACACAUACACACAAUCGCAGUGUGUUCACUUUUACAGAGGUUGUUUAUACGUGAGACUGGGAAGAUUAUGCCUCAUAAAUUUUAAGCAUAGGAACUGCGUUUAUGUGUGUGUGUGUGUUUGUGUGUAUUUGUUUAUGGAUUUGUGUGUGAAGGAAGCAUUUGUAGGCCCAAAGAGAGCGUUAAACCUGGAGGAGAGGCAUGCAUUUUUACAUUUAGUUCUUGCUUCAUGUGAGUGUCUGUGCAGAUGGUGGGCGUUUUUAAGCUUUCCGAGGGAUUUUAUGUGUCUGUAUCAUAAUCCACAUGCAGUUACAGACCUCUGUGCGGUUAGCGUUGCAUCCAAUUGGCAUCCUGUGUGAAAGGAUUUUAAUGUUUGUCAUACUCUAAAAUGUUAUUGAACAACUUCUCACCUAUAAUUAGUUUGCCCUCCCGUAAUUAUGCCAAGUCCGAGUAAAAGAAAAACUUUGUGUUCACAUCCGUCUCACUUGUGUCUGGAAGCGUCCAGACUUUGGGAACAGCUGGUCAGAAGCCAGACAGCGUGCAAGGCCACUUAGACGCUGUGUAAAUUGAGUUGGACAGGGUGAACAUUUAAUGUCAGGGUUACAUAGGUACUUGCCUGAGAAUUGCCGGUGCAAUUAGGGCAAGAGGGUGGAAACCAAGACAGUGAGCGCUGUGAGUGGGUCAAUUUUUAAUACAGUUCAGAGGAUUUUGAUAGUUGAUUGCUUUGCACUGUUUCAUAGACAGUUUUAAGUCUGAUUACUGUCUGGUAGGAGUGGGAGAAAAAAUUGAUUCACAUAAGUAUCCUAAUUUUUUUGUUUUACAAUUUUUAAAUCGAUCAAAUAGUUUGUUAAAAAAUCUUUUUUUUUUCUUUCAAAUUACAUUUGAUGUGUAUUUUUUGGGGAAAUAUGGUUCCUGGAAUAAUCAGUAGACAAUCAUAAUCAUUCAACAGUUUCUCUGGUGUUGAAAAUACAGACUAAAAAUCAAGAAAAUGGACAAUAUCGUAGAAUCUUGAUUUAAAUCAAAUCAGCAUCCGAAAAAUCGUAGAAAAAUUGAAUCAGGAGAAAAUGAUAUUGUCCCAGCCCUACUGUCUGGUUGGAAAAGUCUCUGUCAGAGGGUGAAACAAACUGACACCAAGUAUUGAUCCAAAGAUGAUUUUAGCAAUAUGAAUAUUAUCAAUUUAAUGAUGGCCACUCAGUUUUCAUGGUUUUGGUUGCACUUUCAUGGCGUUAUAAACUUUUUAAUUCAACUUACAAUUAAGUUUAAACAUUGUCUUCUUCCUGCAUUCUUAACAGAUGCAGAAAAUAACAGAAGCAUCCGUGUGACUUUCCUCGAUGCACACAGUAGACGUGGAUUGAUUUGAUUUGUAACGUGUGGGAUCAAGUUGUUCCUAGAGUCUGUUCAGAGUGGAUUACAGUCACAGUGGGGUUUAGACCAAUCAUAAUCAAGUGUUUAACACAGCUGGGUGAGAACGCACAAUGAAGUUGUUGAGUAAUGUUUUGUUUGAUAUCAGGCAUGAAAGUCAAGCCUGUCCUCCUUGAAAAUAUGCUCACUUGUUGUAGCAUAAGCUUUGUUUUCUUAAGGUUUGAACACAAUUUGCACCAACAUGCCAGAAAAAACUUUCAACCCCUUUCGUUACCGACGCUUUCUGACAGAGAAGAAGCCCCUCCUGUGGUUGAAUGACUCGUGAUGAGGCAGGAUUUGAGGGAUUUACACCGUCGCUGAAAGGUUCUGUCUAAAGGUGAAACCUUCCGUGUAAACAUCACCGAGUCUGAUGAUGAGAUUGUGAAAAGUUUGCAGAAUCACGCUCUUUGAACACACUUCUAUCAGCUUUAAGGAGAUUCACAGAUGCACGAAAAUUAACCUUACUCUUACUAUCACUUUUUUGAUGCUGAAAGACUUUCUUUGUUAAAAAAUGCUGACAGAGACUUUCCAUUCAGUGUGUCUUGUGAAUUGGCCUGAAAAAAAAAAAUCUUGGAACUCACCUCAUGAAAACUCUGGCUACGAAACACGGUCAUGGCAAACUUCUCCAUUUGUCCUUGAGCAAGUUUUCGAUUGUGCGCCAAAUCCAAGAACGCUGUUUUCACUGUUGGAGAGGUUUUGGAUAAAAUGUUUUGAGCUGUUUAAAAAAUACUCAUUUUUUUAAGUUACAGGAACGCUUUUCUGCACAGCAUUGAGAGAUGGAAAAGCUGAAAGAGUCAUCUGCUGUGGAUCUCUAGUGAAGUUUUAGUCAUUCUAAAUGUGGUACAUUCAGAGAAAGUCAGAGAUAGAGAUAUUUCAGACUCAGUAUUAAAGGGAUAUUCCAGCGUAAAAUUAAUUUAGGGUCAAACAGAUUGUAACACAGACACCCCCUCGAGAGAUUAAUGUUGCAGACUGCUUGUUUCUCUAGUUAUACCAACUUUAGUAACGACCGCACGAUAGUGAUUCACAGCAGUCUGAGGAGCCAUAAACAAACCUCAACCAAAACGCCACUCUAUAGCCGCAAAUAACGCUCAGAACAGCACCUUUAUGCCAAAAUAUACCUUUAAUACAGAGUAAAUGCUCCACAACAAUGAGGUAAUAUAAUCCACAACAUAAUAAAUAACUGCAUCAAACCCAGACAAAAAAAGGGAGUAAUAAAUGCAGAUUCAUAUCACCUUUGACUCUAAAAACAGUAUACUUUCGAAUACUUUCAGAUAUUUCACUCUCCCUCCAUUAGUGCUAAUGCUUCAAAUACUUAGUGCUUGAAUAUAGUUUUCAUUUGAAUAUAUGGAGAUGAGAGAAGAUACCUUUAUUGAUAUACAGUAUAUAUACAUGACUGCCUGAACAGCUUCAUAGGUUUUUGACUGUGAUGGUGGUUUUGUCACUGAUGAAGGCGACACUAUCUCACACUUAAAAUAUUUCCCUCUGGCUCACCUUCUUUGAGCAGGAUAGCCUCUUUGAAAGUGUAACGUGUACAUGAGCGAAAACAGAAGCCGCUUAUCAAAAUCCCACCUUCCAGCUGACCUCAUAACCCCAUCUGAAAAAACGUGUUACCGGCCUUCGCACUCUGUAUUUGUCUUUUUAUCAGUGUGACGGCCAGCCUGUGAGUCAGAUCCUAUUGAUGCCGGUCUUGGCGGCAGAUGCGACCCCCUCCCUCUUUCUCCCCAGCUCGUUCUCCUUCACACCACUACCUCCACCUCUGUCAGCACCCUCUCUUUGCCCAGGAAGCAGCUACACAUCCACUGCUGUAUGUGUGCCAGAGGGAGAGCAGGACCAAGUCAUGAAAUAUGUGUGUUUAUGUUGGUGGAUGCUCAGGAGGUUUGUUUGCGAGUAGAAGAGGGGGAGUGUUUAUUGUUCCUCAUGUAUGAGAUAGACAAUCUGGAAGGAGAAAGAAGAAGGGGGGAGAGUCAUGUGGGGGAGACUAGACUGAGCCAUGUGAGGGCGUUGAGUGAGUGGUAACGCGAUCUCCUUUUGGUGCUCCUCCUCAUCAAAACAAACCCUGUGAGCAAUGCCUCCUGGGUAAACGGUUUGUGACCACUGAAGCUGCGACAAGCGCCAUCUGUCACCUUCAGCUCACAUGCCACACACAGACUGACACAGAUCUUUGCCCUGUCCACCUCUGCAGGACACACCAUGUAAACUUCAGCCUUCACACUCGUACACACUCUGUUUAAUCACCCUCAUCAGCUUGAUAGUUCUCAAUAUACAUUACAUCUAACUUUCCCACAAUCCCUCUCUCCCGGUCACGCUGCCCGCAGUACAACCCUUAAACAAACAACAUCUUUCCUCUGCUCAUUAAUCAUCUUUAUGCACACACACUCACUCACACACACACACAGACACACACACACUCAUAUACACACACAUGCGGACACAUUUAUAGCGCCUGAAACUUUCAUGCUCUAUUGUUCUGGCAUUUUUCAAUUCAUCAAACUGUUAAACUCCACAUGUGCGUCUCUUUUUUUUAAUGGUUUAGGAGGCUGUGUGUGCGUACAUGUUUGUGUGCGUGUGUGUGUGUGUGUGUGUGUGUGUGUGUGUGUGUGUGUGUGUGUGUGUGUGUGUGUUUCUGGCUUCGGCAGCAGAGGAUGUGGGUGUUUGCACAGAUGCACAGUCUGAUAAUUAAACGGUAUAUUAAAUCUCAUGGUGACAGAUUCUGCACUUCAGCGUGCAGCGUGUCCGUCCUCCGCGUUCUCUUCACUCAGCAGCUCUCUCUUUCUUUUCCACAGGUCGAGCUUUCGCGCUCUUCUUUGUCUUUUGUCAGCGUUUUUUCUUCGUAGCCUCUCCCGUUUAUCUCUCCUAAUGCAUUUUUGUAUACACUAAACUUAGCAUAUGUACAUUAGUGCGAAGGGCCCAAGCUCUCUUUGAAAGGAGAGGGCCUGGAACAAAUCAACAUUCGGUUCACUGUGGUCCUUUUUUAUAAAUAUACACUGAUAUUCAUGUAGAUAUCAGUGUUUAUUUGUGUGUUUUUGGGCGUGCAUGUUUGUUCUUCUGGUGCAUUUUUUAGUGAAGUAUGCACUGACAGAAGGUGACCUGUGAUAUCUCAGACUGCCCGCUCACUGAGAUCCAAAUAUAAAUCUGAUAAAGCCUGGUGAACAGGGUUUACAAAGUGUGUUUGUGUGUUGGAGUAUUUCCGUUCUCUUCGAGCUCAGAUGCACAUGAAAAGUAAACAUUUAGUUUGGACCUGAAAAAUGCUCGCUAAUGAGAUUCGUCAAAUUGUGCAAUCAAAGAAAAAGGCAUUUUUUCCUUCUCGGGUCUCCAAAAAUAGGAGGUAAUUUAGCGUGGGAAAGUGGAAAGUUGCAUAGUAAUAGAUUUUUUCUUAAGUCUUGUGUUUGUUCUCUGUGGAAUUUAAUGUUAAAAAUCUUAAUGGACCUUUUAAGGGAGCUGUUUUAUGUCACACUUAGCCGGUGUGAUUUGCUCCAAAAAUAAAGUUAUGUCUGCACUUUAGUGAGAGGCUGCCAGCUUGACAGCUAACCAGUUUCUGCACUAAAGUUGCCUCCUCUGCAGCACCCACAAACAUAGCCUGUUUGUUAGGUAAUCUUAGCUUUGACUCUACCUGCAGUCAUGAUGAGUAGUGUGCUAUCACCUUUACCCUACUCGAAGGAAUAAGCUGUGAUUUCAUGUAGUAAAAGCACUCCAAUGCAUAGGUUGAAUGUGUAGCCUUCAGUAAAGCAGAAGUUUACUCAGAUGUGUGCAGGUUCAGGCCCUGACAGUUGUGCAAGGCUUAAUGUAUCAACGCCCAUACCCUCACAUGUCUCCUGGAGUGUAUAUUAAUGCAAUCAUCCCUCAUGUAAGUGCUGUUGACUUUGUGUAAUGCUGAAGCUUUUGUGUCCAUUUCUCUGUGAUGACGUGAUGACAAGCCGGCAUAAUAAAAAAAAAAGCUGUGAUUCUUGUUUUUACACACAUACUUCAUCCACACAUAGACACAAUCCCUGUGCACUUGCACAUGCACACACAUGUUUAACUCUUCUACCCAAACAUAUGUGCAUCACACACUCGUAGACACUUUGACUUUCAGAACUCUGACAACCUGUAAUCCCCUCUAAUCCCUUCAUUAUGUUUUUGUUUUCCUUUCCCUGUUUGGGGAAAAAAAGGUGAAUGCAAACAGGAAUUCCGGCGUACAAAGAAAAACACACAGCCUCAGGCUGAGAAAACAAGAGCGGGAAACUUUUGGGAAGAGGAGGAAUACAUGUGUGCAUCGCAGUUUGCAUGGAAGAAGAGAGGUUGCAUUGUUCGUCUGAUUUUGUUGCAUACAUGUCCAUGUGAUUGUGAGCUUGCUGCACACGCCGGUCAGUGGACAGGAGAUCAUUUCUCUGUAGGUCACUGAACGCUCUCUGAGCUCUGAUAGCUGCCAAUCACCCACUGAAGGAGACUGUGCAGAUUGUAAAAGGUGCCAAAUUUUCAAAUGUUUGUGCACUUUUGCAUCUAGAGUUUGGUCUUGUGUAGUAAUCGGUAUGUGUUUAGUUGCACUGCCCCUGUUUCCACAAACAAAUUCGACCGCAGGGCAUGUCAGUCUGCGUCAUUUCUUGUUUAUUAUUUGUAUAAGCUGAAUCCCAAAUGUACAUCUUACCAAGCUGUCCUCAGAUAGACAGUUUUAGAGUAGUUUUCUACUCUUUUUGACAGUACGCACCAUGUCUAAAAUCCUUGUUGUCGUAUUCUUUUGGGACUAGCUGUUAGCUGUUGGGUCAGUACAAGACUUUUAACUGUCUUAUAGUGUUUUUAAGAGUCUCAAAAGAUGAUACGGAAAUGACGAUUUCUUUCAAAUAUUUUGUUUAUUUUCAGUAGAUAAUAAACAGAUUCGCUAAGAAGGCAAACACACUGAGACGUGCUAUCAUGUUAUCAGACCAUUUUAGUGCUCUGAUAGAGGGAUCUCACUGAAAUCAAUCUCCAGUUAUCGGAAAUGAGGAUUUCAGGUGUGUGUGUGUGUUUACACAAUUACAUGCCUUUGUGUGUGUGUGUGUGUGUGUGUGUGGGUCUGAGCAUGUAGCGUGCCUGCUCCUCCACAUGGGAUUCAUUACAACCCAGUAGGAUGUUUAUUUUCUCUAUUAAUCCUUGUUCCUCUACUAUCAAGAGCUCCAUCAAAACUGCCCCAAAAUGCUGCCCUGCAGGCAAGCUGGCAUUCACAGACCAACACACAAACGUAAACACACGUUUUGCUGUUAAAAAAGAAUGAAACAUUUCACCCUGAAACCACAUAAAUAAAGCUCAUUCAUCUUUUCCCCCUUUUACCUCUGUGAGUGUGUAUUUGUGUGUGUGUGUGUGUGUGUGUGUGUGUGUGUGCUGCAGAGUUUUAGCCACUCUGCUGCGUAGUAACCCAAUGAAGUAAAGAUUUGGGAUUCAGCAUGCCUCCAGGACAGUGUAGCAUCAGCGACUAGAACAACAGCAAACUUUAUAUUGGCUUUCUUAAUUGUUUGGUGUACACAGAGGCAAAUUCUUCCCGGAGAUGAAAGCAGACCCUGCAACCAGGAGCACAUGUCUUCCAUUUACCGCCAGCGGUUUUGACCUUUCAACAAAUUGGUUUAAGUGUUUUGAUGUGUGUGUGAUUUGUAUUCUCACCACGCUGUAAAGCCACAGUACCUCCAAAAAACAUCAAACCUGAAUUCGCGCUAUUCUCAGAGAGCUGCUGUUAGAUGAUGUAAAAAGAGUUGUCAGGGUUAGAUUUAGAUGUCUGGUUGGUUGGGAUGUUGAUUAUGAAUUUAGACUGCUUGCAAACAGUGUCAAGGUUGAUGUGUUUGUGUUUGUGUGGCUGACUAAAACCAGCUGUGAAGGGGAUGUUGCAGAUUAAACUCUGACUUUGACAACUGUCUCAUGAUUCUCUGAAGCCAAGGUUCAGGUAAAAUCUUUUCUCCUAACUCUGUGGACAGACUUCGAAAAACCAAAUCCUCUCCUCCUCUGUUUGUAUUAGAAAUGAGGGAAACCUCAGCGUCCUUUCAAGAAUAAAUAAAGGUUUGAAUUGAAUUUGUGUGUCCUUGCAGGCUACUCGGGCCACGCUGACAGCUCACUGUGCAUCCAUGGGUGACUCUCUGAGGAAGGAAAACGAGCUGGCGCUGAUCAUCGACGGUCAGACCCUGAAAUAUGCACUGUCCUUCGAGCUUCGUCAGGCCUUCCUCGACUUGGCGUUGUCAUGCAAGGCUGUCAUCUGCUGCCGGUAGGGAAGAUUAGUCAUUGUACACAGACACACAAAUACACACAUGCACAUGCCCUCAAAUCCAAAAUGAAGCCAAACACAAACAGCAUCUUUAAGUAAUAAGGGCCAAACAUUAACUGUAGGUAGAAACAAUAAAGGAGGUCAGUGAAAUCUGUUCUCACUUAAAUAAAUUCAUAGCUUAUUAUGUGCAUGGUGAAGAAUACAUAUCAAGUUUGUGUGAAUGCACACACACACACACACAGCUCUACAUACCUAUGUGUGCGUGCGUGUGUUUGCAAAGGUUGUCUGUUGCCCACGGUCAGCGAAUGAACAAUAAUGAUGAAAGCCUGUCCCACUUCACAGCAGGAGGAGUACAAUACACUACACUGCUUGGAAAUGUCAGAGCCAUGACUCAUUUACUGCUUGUGCCUCUGGAAUGGGCACACACACACACACACACACACACACACACACACACACACACACACACACACACACACACACACACACACAAUCACCUAUCCAUUCAAACAGGCUCUGUUCAUCAAAUGUUUACUGCAUGAACCUUUUUUGGUCCUGUUUAACUUGACACCAGCUGUUAUGUUUCACUAAGUGUUUCCACUCGCCUUUUGUCCGUGCAUGUGUGUGUCUGUGUGUGUGUGUGCGUGUGUGUGUGUGUGUAAUGAGGAGGAAAGUAAUUGACUCUUCAUUGCAUAUCCAGCCCAUAUCCGGGACCGGGUCUCUUAGGUCUUGCAAACAGCCUCUAGCUUUCUUUCUUUUAUGCUUUACUCCAUCUUUUUUUUUUUGCCCCUGUGCACCUCUCUCCCUCCUCUCCUCCGCUCCACAUCUCAGUCUCAGAAAGUACAGUUUUAUCACUCAUCUGUUUCACUGAAAGUUGUUGAUUUUAAAUCUAAAAUCGUGCAUUUUAAGCCAGAACAAGUGGAGCUUUUUUGACAAGGAUUUCUCUUUAUUUUUUUUUUCCAUGUGGCCUAUUUGACACGACUUUUCAAAGAUGCUGCUCCUCUGGGGCUUUGUUUCUGGAGAUCCGUGUUUGAAGCUCUUGAACCUUUUGUACUUCAGAAACAUCAUCAGAAGUUUCUCAAGUUUUUCUACCACACUUUUCUAAAAGUUAGUUCUGAAACAGCUUAUUUUGUUUGGAAAGAAAUUUAAAAAGGCGUCGCAAGUCACAUGUUUAAAACAUGAAUGAGCAUGAAUCUAUCACUCCAGACUGUUAAUAUGAUACUCUGUGAAAAUUAGCCACAGGUUUAAAAUGCGACAGCGGGGUGUCUGGAAGACUUUGAUUCUAUCAAACAUGAAAACUAAACGCUGAGUUGUGCUUUUAAAGCGUACCAAAGUAUCUCACGUUUUGACAGCCUUCGUUUGACGUACUGUACCAAAUGUGUGUGAAGGUUCACAUUUAAGGAAUUUGUGUGUGUGUGUGUUUCUCAGGGGCAGCAGAGUCAGGGUGUGCUCGUACGCAUGGCUUCCUUACUUCACUGCGCGUUUGUUUAUCGGAGGACUUAGUGGCAGCUCAUUUUCUGCUCAGCUCCACCGUGAAGAGCACUGAGAGCCUUUCAUCUCUCCCAACGCCACUUUAAACACUGCUAACAGUGUUUGGGGGUUGUAUAGAGGAAAGGUAGAGUUAGACAGAGAGAGGGAGAUAAAGAGAGAUUUGUGGUGGGAGGCCGAGAGACUCGUAAGCAGACAGACUCGCACACACUUCAGACGCUGAAACAGGAGAAACAAAGAGCAGAGUUUGAUCUCAUCCUUCAGCAAAGACAGCACAGGCCAAGACUCUCUACAAGAUUUCCCCCUGGAAAUAGACAUAGGCGAGGGGGCUGGGGGGAGUGUUUGUGCAUGUGUGUAAAUUGUGUGUAUUUAGACACACCUCUGUAUGAAUACUAAGCAGACCACCCAGCUCUGUGGUUCCAGUUUGACCGGGACAUGUUCCUUCCUACAUAUUCAUAGAAGAUAGAGCAUCUCUCUGACCUGUGGGCUGCAGCCGUGUGUUUGUGUGUGUGUGAGAGAGAGAGAGAGAGAGAGAGAGAGAGAGAGAGAAGGGUCAUACAUCUGCUCAUAAUUUAAUUUUGUCAUAUCUUUAUCAAAGCAUCAUAUUGUACUCUCUGUGUGCAUGUGAUAGCUCAUGCAGCUGCACAUAAUUUAAUUUUUCUAACAUCAUUAUCAGGGCACUGAGAAACAUGGUGAGGAUUUAGCAAAAGGCCCGUACUUCACCCACGCACAGAGAGACGUCACUGACAAACCUGAGAGUUUUUGAAUGCUCUAACAACACUGUUGUACUGUACAGUGUUAACACUCAAAUUUCUAUCAACUUAUAAACCACUGAGACUCAGUUAAUGACCACAAUCAAGGAAAUACUCAUCGAAAAUAUUUAAUAACGUACUCUCAGUACGCCAUAGUGGACUACUUUACUAUCCACUGAAGUUUCAGGCACUGUGUUGCAAAACUAUAACUGGUUUGGUUUAAUUUAAUCCAAGUCCCUGUAUCAGUUUUCCCCAUGUCUCCUCCUUCUCCGUCAGCCUCUCCUCUUCAUAAAGGUUGCAGGUAGUAAGAGCACUACUUAAACUGUGCAGUGUGAUAUUAACAGGCAGAGGGAACGCCUCCUCAUACAAAGCAUGUUUCGAAAGAAGAGAUGAAAACAAAUUGAAUCCUGGUCAUCGGGUUCAGAAUGCAGCUUCUGAAAACACAAACACACUCAGCGGGGUUGAAUUUUUCUCACACAAACACCACAUGAGAUCCCGAGCGGUCAGUCAGACCCAUUCAGUGAUUCAGCUCUCUGAAGAAGAACUAUUAUGCAGAAGUGAGGUUUGAACUGCACAAAUGAAAGUCAUGGAUUUGAAAUUAAACUUGGAAACCUUUCUUUUCUCAUGAAUGAAAAAUGAUAGUAGAGAAGUGUUAUAAAUGUUUAAUUUAAACCUUGUAUUACUAGACGAUUAAACAAGAGGAGACAUCUUUAUUAUUUUAGGCCUGUAAAGCUUCUAGCUCGCCUUCAACUUGAAUGUAAUGCUACGAGGUCCUUCUGUCCAAGUUGGCAGAGAGCAUCUUUAAGUGUGUCCAUUAAGGGUGAGAGAAAAAAAUCGAUACAGCAGAGUAUUGUGAUAUUUUGUCUGGUGAUUUAUCGUAUCGUCUCAUUUACCAAGUAUCGGUUUUUCAAAUUAACUGCUAAUAUGAAGUCAAAUCUAUGAUAAUGGAAAAAUAAAAUCAACUGUUUGUCCAGUGAGGUUGGCAGAGGUGACGUCAUAGAGCAGAAGAAAGUUAGUGCAACAAAUAUAUAUAUAAGUUUUGCAAGAUGUGGUACAUGAAAACAAAAUACAGUGUAAAUAAGACAAAUAUAAAGGACAGACAAAUGCAAAAGUAGCUAAACAGUUUUAAAAAAUUGUAUAAAUCGCAAUAUAUGGUUUGUAAUACUAAAAAUUGCAAUAAUAUCGUAUCAUGGGGCCACUCGUGUGGAGAUGAAGUUAUAUGUAGGCCGUUCAUACAUCAGGAAAGCUUUUUUUCUUCUUUGUUUCAUAGUCUUCGGUUAAAGGGUGAACCCUGAAACCCUUAAGCCUUAAAUAAACAGUGAUAUCAAGUAGGUUUUAUUCAGCAUUAGAUCACACUGAGUAAAAGAGACGGCCCAAUCAGGUUGUGUGAAGUUCAAGGCAUUUAUCAAUGAGAAACAGUGACUCAGAUAUGGUCUACAAACGAUUAAGCAGGGAGCUAGAUGGUUAAAACAAUAUGAAUCAUUUUCUAAGGUGUAAUAAAUCAAGUGUUCUGUUCAGUGUGAACCUGUGAUACAGUCAAAAGCUUCAGAGUAGCUGCUAAAUAGUCCUUAUGGUGUGAUAACCACCAAUGUACCUCAAAGCUCAAAAAUAAAUCACAUUUUCACUCUGAGAAGAGUUAAAAAAAAGUCAAAGUAAAAAGCUCCCCCAAGAAGCAAAAGACGGUUUUAUGUGUUUGAUUUUCAGGCAUUUUUGUCCACUUCACUGAAAUCCAGUUUUCCAGCUCAGAUGGUGUAAGAAAAAGAAAAAGUUAGGAAAAUAAAUCUUCCUCAACCUCUUUACUGGAGCCAAACGUAAGACCAAUCCAACAUACAGAAUAGGGCGGAGCUGAUUUGACAUAUGGCCCGUAACAAGAACCAAAAAAUACCCCAACAGUACUUGAGCAAAUGUAGCACACCACCUCACUGUUGUCUCUCCGUCUUCCCGCGGGGAGAGGGUGUAAUCGAGCCGCCAUGGGUCCUCUAUUGUUAGCGAAGAGACAGAACCGGUUAUGAACAGGGGGAUCAGUGAUACAGGUCAAGAGGGUGGAGUACCACUGGAAGCUCCCUGAACACACACACCCACACCGGUGCGAGCGCACACACACUCUUAAAUGAACACAUCAAAUGUUAGCUACCCAGAGUCUUAUUAGCAGAACAGUGAAUCAUUGUUUCCUAAUAUCCAGUGAGGAGCUGUAAACACAGCCCUGCGAGUGUGUGUACAUGUGUAUGUGUGUGUGUGUGUGUCUUUUUUUCCCUGUUUGAACCGUUUCCCACUCUUAAGUUUUCAGCCUUUUUUUUUUUCCAAAUAGCUUGCCUCUUUUUUUUUUUUGUUCCUCUAGUUUUCUUGUUUUCCCUCCAACCUUUGCACCCCUCAUUUCCUGUGGAGUACACGCUUCUUGUUACAAAUCAACCAUCUCUUAUCUCUCUUUUUUCAUUUCUUUACUGCAGAGUCUCUCCACUGCAGAAGUCAGAAAUUGUGGACAUGGUGAAAAAACACGUCAAAGCCAUCACUCUGGCAAUAGGGGACGGAGCCAACGAUGUGGGUAUGAUCCAGACGGCUCACGUCGGAGUGGGGAUCAGUGGCAACGAGGGAAUGCAGGCCACUAACUCCUCUGACUACUCCAUAGCACAGGUGGGGAUGCAGGCGUAUGACGGAGUUUUGUUUUAGGACAUGUCAUUUGUAAUGGUCUGCAGCUCUGUGCAGUUUGCUUUUGUUUUGCAUCGCAUUGUUGAAAUGAGCUGUAAGCAUUUCCAUCACAUCCUGAUCAUACUUAUAAAAGUAUUGUCAAAGUAAUUUUAACAGAUUGAAUGAAUAAGCAGUUUUUAGGUCAUCUGGAAGGUUUUAGCGUGUCAACCCUUGCAUUUCAGUACCUGUUUAGCUUAAAUCUGAUCUUUGACCUCCCUGCAGGGACUUGAUUGACAAGACACUAUACUCACAAGAGUCCCUGAAGCAUCAUGUAUCAACCCCUUUUCUUACUGCUGGGUUGUAUUGAAUUGAAGAACUUAAACAUGUAUCUCUAUCAGUUAAAAAAAGGUGCUGUUAUCGAUUUUUGGUUUGGUUUGUUGAUAAAGAAAGAAUUAAUUGACAAUUCUGGUCUUAGCUGUUAACACCUGAGGGAUUUGUGUUUUUUAUGUUAGUGAAUAAAAUAUUUUUUUGGGGUUUGGACUUGUCAUGGAAACACAAUGGAGAAGUGAAGCGGUUAAAAAAAUGGCCUGAGGAUUCCUCCCAUCACUGAGGAGUCAAACGCAGUCCGUCACUUUCACUGUCUGAGCUGUUUAUCUCCUGGCCUUUGGGCGUUUUAUCAGUGUAUCUCCUCUUGUCUCAGCUUUCUCGUUCCUAAGUCACAUUCUUGCUUCACUCUCUAUUCCCUGUCUGACAUUUUCAUUCCAAAUCUUCAUUUUCAUCUAAUGACAUAAAUAAAUCUCUUCUUCACCUCUCUCUUCUUCUCUGUUUGGUAGUUCUCCUACCUUGAGAAGCUGCUAUUGGUCCACGGGGCGUGGAGCUACAACCGUGUCACCAAGUGCAUCCUGUACUGUUUCUAUAAGAAUGUGGUCCUCUACAUCAUCGAGGUAAGAGCCUCACCACACAGACACACACAGAGUAACAUUAACAGAGACGUUUUGCAGCUGUUUGUCGACAUGGCUGACAGUGAUAGACGAGGUGCCCUUCUGGUGUCUGCUUUCUGUCUCUUUUGCACACACACACACACACACACACACACAUGUACAGAAAAAGGCGUAUGUUUAGAUCAGCAGUGACGAGACCUUGGCUCCAAGGGUCGACAGCUUUUCUGUGCGUGUGUGUGUGUUUCUCAUGGAGGGGCACCCUCCCGCUCUGGCCUGCCUGUUAUGAUGGGUAUUUGUCAGCUGUGCUCCACCCUCCCUCAUCUCCGUCUGACAUUAAGGAUGCCAGCAGGUGCAGUGGCUCAUGGGAGCCGCUGCCGUAGACCGCUGUCCCUCUCACACUACCACUCUGCGUGUGUGUUUCCAUGAUUAUCUCACAUGAUUGGCUCCCUGCAGAGCCCCUCCAGGCCAAAGGUUGGAGACUGUCUCUGUCCACUGGCUGGAGACAGAAUAAGGGGGAUGGGUGUGUGUGGGUAUGUGUGUGUUUUUGUGUAUCUGACCUCACCCCUAGGCUAUAUACUCCACUGUAUACCCAGGAAUGCCACAGCUCCCACCAGCGGCCCCAAACAUUUCUUUAUCUGCCCUCAGAUCGGCCUCCGUCUACUGUGUGUGUGUUAGUGUGUGUGUGUGUGUGUGUGUGAAGGUGUUAAUGAAGGUUCCCCUGGGCCAGAGUCACAUUUAGACAUUGUGUUUCGGUAGAUUAACUUCUGUGAAGUCAGAAAAAGGUUUCUGAGCCAGCCACAACCUGUAAGAGGAAUGCAUGUAAAGCUCUUUUCCAGAUGAUGUAAUAGAACCAAAGUAGUGCCACUGUAUUACUUGCAGAUAUUAUUUCUAAAGUCAGUGUAAAAGUGCCAGAUAAAAGCCAUCACACUGACCCAAAUGUAACUGUUUUAAUUCUUAAAGGGAUAUUCCGGCGUAAAAUUAAUUUAGGGUCAAACACACCUUAACACCGAGUUAGACACCCCCUCAAGAGAUGAAUGUUGCCGACUGCUUGCUUCUCUAGUGUUACCAACUUUAGUAAUGACCACACAAUAGCAAUACCAAAAUGCCACUCUAUAGCCACAAAUAAUGCUAAGAACAGCACCUAACUUCAUCUACAGUACAUAUAGGGUCCCAGCCACAGCACUAGCCACCAAACAUCUUUUUAACUUUACCUAAUGUCUUUAGCAAAGAGACUAAACACAACUCACCUACUCUCUUCCAGCAGCUGCUUGUUUGUACGGAGACCUCAGGCCAGUCCAUUACGGACUACUGCGGGGUGACGCAGCUCAAGGAAGAAUAGUUAUGAUUAUUUCUUCAUGGAAAUGCAAUCAGACUGAGACGCUAAAGCAGAAGAACUAUCGCGUCUGCAGUGCAAAAUGAUUAUUAUGAUGAUUAGUACUUCAAGGAAAUGACAAAGAAAUGAUCAUAAAUGUUCUUUCUUGAGCUGCGUCACCCCGCAGCAGUCGAUGGACUCGUCUAAGGUCUCGCUACAAACAAGCGGCUGAUGGAAGAGAGUAGGUGAGUUGUGUUUAGUCUCUUUGCUAAAAAAAAUCAGGCAAAGCUAAAAAGAUGUUUGGUGGCUAGUGCUGUGGCUAGGACCCUAUAUGUACUGUUGAUGAAGUUAGGUGCUGUUCUGAGCAUUAUUUGUGGUUAUAGAGUGGCGUUUUGGUUAAGGUUUGUUGAUGGCUCCUAAGACUGCUGUGUAUUGCUAUCCUGCGGUUGUUACUUAGGUUGGUAUAAAUAGAGAAGCAAGUGGUCGGCAACAUUCAUCUCUCGAGGGGGUGUCUAACUCUGUGUUACGGUGUGUUUGAUCAUAACUAAAUUAAUUUUAGGCCGGAAUAUCCCUUUAAGAUACAUCGGGUUCUGUAUUUUUAAAUGCCAGUACUCAUUAACAGGAGUGGACAACCCCCGCUUAUUUGUAAAAUUGAUGACUUUAGUAAGAUGUCACUCAAUCCCUGAGCCAGGUGGAUGAAAAAGAGAGAGAGUGAUUUUUAAGAAUCAAGUUAUCAGUUAUCAAAGUUAUUGAAUACAGAUAUGUGAUGGUGAUGGUUAUCAAUGCAAACGACCCCCCUGAAGCAGCUUUCCCCUUUGCUAUCGUUGAUCUCAUCCCUUCUCUUCUUUGUGUCCCUAGCUUUGGUUCGCCUUUGUGAACGGGUUCUCUGGUCAGAUCCUCUUUGAGCGCUGGUGUAUAGGCCUCUACAAUGUGGUGAGUGUCAACCCUCACACCUUCUUCAAUUUUGCUGUUGUUUUCUUUUGGCUCCCUUUCUUGUGUCCCUCUGUCCCUGUUGACGUUCAUGUGUGGUCUCUCACCUCUCCACCCAUCUACUAAUCAGUCUCACUCCACUUUGUCUUCUUCCUGAUCCUUUCUCUGUGUUUUUCUGCUUGUUUUGGAGACUGCUGUGACUCAUAUGUAGAUUCCUCCCUUAUGCCCAUUGUUAAUUGAUGCUGCUCUUAUACAGAUAUUUACUGCACUGCCUCCUUUCACUCUGGGGAUAUUUGACCGGCCGUGCAGCCAGCAGAACAUGCUCCGAUUCCCCCAGCUCUACCGAAUUACCCAGAAUGCAGAGGGCUUCAACACCAGGGUACAUGCACACACAUUCACAGUCCGAGAGCAAACACAGAAACCGCGUGCUGAAUCUUGCAUCAAAUCUGUCAGGUCUGCGGCUCGCCUUUGAGAUUGUCGAGUAAUGCCAGCUGUUUGUUUGGGACGCCAGCAAGUAAAUAAGAGUGGCAAGGAGACCAGGGUGUCUCCAUGGCAACCCAUAAUGAGAUUCAGUGGGCCAGAAUAAGGAAGUCUUUCAUUUUAGAGGGCACACGGGCAACCUGAGCUACUGUAUGUGUGGGAGUUUGUUUGUGUACAGUGCAGGAGGGCACUUUUGAUGGCAAGAACACGGUGAAAGUUGUAUGUACCAAUUUUUAAAAGUUGUUUUUUAGGUUUUUAUGUGUGUGGCAGUUUGCGUGUCCAUGUGUGUGAUUAGUUUGCACUGACUUUUGUUCAUCUCUGGACUGUUUUUCAGGUGUUCUGGGGACACUGUAUCAAUGCACUGAUUCAUUCAAUUAUCCUCUUCUGGUUUCCACUCAAAAUGUUAGAGCAUGGUAGGUGACAUCUUAUUCUUUUACAUCUUUAAAACACUCCGCCUUGUUACUCUUUGUCAUGAAGCAUCUGUGUGCGUUUGUUCCUCACAGAUUCUCCCUUUAACAACGGUCAGGGAAACGACUACCUGUUUGUUGGAAACAUGGUCUACACAGUAAGUGUUUCCUCGUGUUUUGUCUUUUUUUACAUUCUCCUUGCAUGUCUGUCCUUUGGCAUGCAGAUUGUUGGAUUUUUGCACAAACUCAGUACUUGUGUACACACCAGCACUGUGCUUGCCUCCCCCUGAGUCGUUAUGAGUCUCCAGUCAAUCUGAACUCGUCUAGCCACUCUGUCUCCUCCACACACUCAUCUAUCUCUCCUCUGUAUUCACUUCUCUAUCUCACACCCACUCUGUCAUUUUAAUACCCGUGCUCUAAUGCGAAUGUCGGUGGUGUUUAUUUAUCGUGUUGUGAGUGUGUAGACUUACAGGGGGCCGCAGGGGUCUUGAGUAUUUUAACAGACAUGGCUGAGUUUACUAUAAAGCAUUAAUGUUUAUUAUCUCCACAGUUGCCAACAAACUAAUCCCGACUCUCUGUUUUGUUUUUUUUUAUUUGCCCUCCCUCUCCUGUUUGUGUGUGUCUGUGUGUGCAGUAUGUGGUAGUUACAGUAUGUCUGAAAGCUGGAAUGGAGACUACCGCCUGGACCAAGGUACGAACAGUAACACACUCUACUAUUUCAAACCACAUGUGCUGUGUAUUACCCAACCGUUGAUAAAUAAAUAGGAGGAAAAGGUGGAGGAAGGAGAGGGGGCUCACUGUGAGGAUUUCAGCGGGAGGUUUUUUCACAUCACCAGACUUAAAUUCAUCUCAGUUAGAUCACAGAUAGACAUUGGGGAAAAAAAAUUGUGGUUCACCUUGAUCUUGUAGUGGAGGGUUUGGGUUUUGCUGCAGUUGGUUUGCACAGUAACUCAGAGAAAUGUCCAAAGCGUUGUCAUUUUUACUCUUAAAAGACAAGAACAGCCAAAGUAUUUCAAACAUACUAAGCUUGUUUAAAGGGAUGGUUUGUCGUUUUAUGAAGUGGGGUUGUUAGUGAGUCAAUAGUAGAGAUUUCCCCUCCCAAAAGGACAUUGUAUAGGGGACCUGCUGCUUCUCAUUUGUCUUGUGGGUUCUUUGUGUUCAGUUCAUUUGUUCUUUUGUCAAAAUUAAUCACUUGAUAAACUUUUUGAAGGUAUUUUGUUCAUUUAAUGGGUCGAAAGAUGAGGAUGGUUGUUAGCCCCAUAGGGCUGCCUUUGGGUGGGGCGUAACUAUAUAUAUAUAUCGGACUAUAUUGGCAUGCAACUAUAAUCUCAGAUAAAAGCACUGCGAUACAAGCAGUCCAUUCCAGACUUGGCCCCAGCACCUCUAUCUAGCAGCGCUCGGAUCCAGCAGAGUCCAUUUAAUCACAACAACAGUUUGUACUAAGGCACUAACAAAGUAGGAGUAGGAGUGAUGUCGGCCAUGUGGCAGUAAUUUUUGUUUAGCCUAAAAAAGAUGUUGCAGCUGAGUGCAAAACUUGUCAUGCACAAGUUUGUAUCAAUAUUGUAUCAAUAUCGGUAUCGGCCAAUACUGAAGACUACAAUAUCGGUAUCAUAUCAUAAGUAAAGAAGGUUGUAUUGGGACACCCAUAUUCAAUAGUAAGUGUAUUACCCACAGGAGUUAUUGGUCUGCCCGGCUCCUUUAUCUAGAAACUGUUUGGAGUAUCGGGACAGAAGCUAGGUUACACUCCACAUAUUUUAGCUAAUGUUCAGGUAGUCUGUCCGGCACAUGAGUGUUAGUACUGUGUCAGUGUUAGUGUCAGUGUUAGUGUUCCCUUGCAUUUGGUCUUUGCUUUGCUGUCAGAAACCGGUUAUAUUGCAGCUGAACUCACAGUCGUGAAACAGUCGUACUGCAGCUAAGUGGCGUGGUAAAAGUGACCUUCUGCAGCAGUGAGUAGACUGGCCUUCACUCUGGUUCUCUGACCAGGUUCCCAGUAAAAGGGCUGCGAUUAUUAGAUCUCACAUUUGUUUUUUCAAUCUAGCGUAUUUGCUUAUAUGUAAGUUACCGAUUAGUUCCCUUCUCUGCUUUUCUGGCACACUUGAGCGUAUCUUGUCAUGCCGUUUCCACCAUUUAGCUCAGCUGCUCACACAUGUUUGAGAUUUACAGCAGGUAGAACCACACAGAAAAACAACUCUGCAGCAGUCUACAAACUUGACAGUGAAACUUCACGUGUUGAAUUUGCUUUUAGAGCCCAAACUAUGACAUAUGCACGUCAGCGCCUCUGAAACGGAGCACAUCUCAGUGAAGGAGAAAAACAGUUUGGGAGAGAACAGAUGACCUUUUGUUGGAUAAAUGGUACAUAUAGAAACUAAGAGUGCAACAGAUUCAAUUCCACAUAGUUCACCCAAUUGCCUGCAUUCCUCUCAAAGACUGUUUUAUUAAAGUCAUGAGAAACAGAUUUUUACACUCAUCUAUAUGGUCUCUGUCAAAUGUCGAAACUCUAUGGUCUGUUGAUUUACAGUAUUCGCCUGCCCUGCUUCCUGUGACAGCAGUUUUUACAGCAUCACACUGUCAACGUAAUGACUCAUAAAGAUUGCAAAAUUAACUUACUGAUAACAGCAAAAUUACUGUUUCAGUGUAAAUCUGUAUGACACUCAUCCUUAUGUAUGUGGGAGGCUUUUGCACCGCGCUGUGGGAGCUGCGGUCAAAUAUUUUGUCUGUAACUGUUAAAAUCUACUAGAGAAGCUUCAGUGAGGAAGGUCAGAUGUUUUGCAACAGUUUCAAAACUCAUUAUAAAUCGUUUGUUUAUUAGUAAGGGCAGAGCAAGUUCAUGGAAAUCAGAAAAAAAAAAAAAAGAAACCUGGAUGCAAACCAGUUUUUUUCGUCAACGUCAUCGUCAACGAAAACAACACUGCAGAAUAUAUGUUUUGACUGACGAAAUGCUCAUAAAUUUUGCAAAUCUGUUCGUCGUCCACCACAAACGUUUUGGUCUAGUCUCGUCUCGUCAGCGUAAACGCACAUUCGUCUCGUCACAUUUUAGUCUUCUAUGACUUAUGUUUAGCUCGUCAACGUCGCGUCUUCAUCGUGGAAAAAAAGGGGCGUUGACGAAAACAACACUGACCCAAACUUGCUCAAGUUAACAGGAAUGUUGAUUUCUGUCUGUUGUCACUAUGCAGGCUAAACAAACAGGAACUCGAUGAAUGAUAGCAUAUCGAUUCAAAUAUAGAAGACCACAUUCGAUUUUUCAAACUGUAAAUGAGAGUGAGCUGUUUUUGUUUCUAACACUAGAAGUUAUAAAUGACCGUGUCACAGACUCUGAGCUUGAUUAGAAACAGUAAACAGCUGUGAUUUAUGAUGAAACAAAACUGAGAAUGUGUUACAGCGCUCGACUUUUUAAUGUCGGACUGCAGUCAGCAGAGAUUGAUGUAGGAUUGGGGACAGUAGUAGCCCGGGGUGUGACAGCAACAUGAUGGGGCUCCCCUCUGCUAUUCGAGAGGGAGAAACAGAGUUUGGCAGGAUGCACAGAAGGGCGCUGACACUUUAGCCCGCUCAGCUGUCCACACAACAGCCUGGCAGUAAUGAAGCAGGGUCCCACUGGAAUUCACACAGUGUCCCCUUACAGCAGAUCACAGAGAGCAGGAAGAAGAUGGGGGGGAGGAGGGAGAGAAAGGUUGUGUAUAUUCGGAUGAGCUGUAUGUAAACUAUUUGAUCGCAUGCUGCCUUGAUCUUCAUCCUCUGAUGCUCUCCUUUUUUCUCUCUCUUCAGUUUUCCCACCUGGCUGUGUGGGGAAGCAUGUUGCUCUGGAUGGUCUUCUUUGGUGUCUACUCUGCCAUCUGGCCCACCAUCCCCAUCGCCCCUGACAUGUUGGGCCAGGCAAGUCUCUUUCCAUAAACAUGUGUCAGUCAUUCCAGUAACAGGGGGUGAUGGGGGGUUAAAAUAGCCCUUCCCUCUACAUCUCUUUGCCGAACCUCCAUCACCUGCCGCUCGCUUGCUCUUGAUUACAAAUACAUGGCGCCUAUGAGACUCACCUCUUGGGUGUUCCACGUCGGCACUGCUGGAGCCCCGAGGGGAGAUUUAUGCCCCACCAGCCCCUCUCACCAGGCUUCCUGCACCUGCUGCAUGUCACCCGAGCUGGUCUUUUACUGCCCUCUGUGGAGGUGUUGACUCAAGAGGGUGGGCUGCUGCUGCUGCUGCUGUUGCUGCUGCUGCUGGUGAUGAGGGUGUGCAUGCGGACCCCUUAAUUGAGAGACUCAUUUUUAAGUUUGAGGAUCAGGCAGAGGGAGGUGAGGUGCCCCAUUGAGGGAACAAGGCCGUCUAAACUCCCCUCAGCCCAUUAAUUCGAUUUGUGUCAGAAAUCAGGAAUGCGGUCAAAUAUCUCUGCAGCUGCUCAGACUAACGGGGGGAAUGGUCAGAGACACUCAACCACCCACCCCCCUCUGCUCAACCCUCUGUCGUCCCCCCUAACUGCCCUAUUACCUCUCUUAUUUCCCCUGCUCCCUCUAUCUAUAUUUCCAUCUGUCCAGGGGGGACAGGAUGGAAAAGAGUUGUGUAUUUCUGCUUUGAAUGGCUGUGAGUAUGUCUGUGCAUAUAGGAAUCACUGUCCCUUGUGUGUCCAGCUAUGUUUGAUUUGUUGCCCAACCGUCUCUUUCAAUGAACAGAACAAAUCACAGCGGACUGUGAGACAUGCUUCCGCCCCCAGAGUGUGUAAAAAACAUGUGAUACUAUGCGUGUCCGCCGCUGUAAUAAGCGUGUAGGUGUGUGUCACAUACAGAAAGACAUGGAAGAUGAGUUAGUCCAGUUGUGUCUUGGUUGUGAUUCCAGCUGCUGCUGCGGAUGUUUCCUAAUGGUUGCUGGAUCAUUUUCCCCGUUAGCUCCCCUUCUGGGAACAAAUUGUCUCUAUAUCUCUGCGUCCAAACACAGGACACAGGAAGCACAUGAUACAGGCAGUAAAGCAGUAGAAGUUGAGGCGCAUGGAGUGCUUGUGAGUGUUGACUUAAAUACCAGGAGACAAAGACUUAGGCUUAUGAAACAAAGCAGAGCUCAUAGGAGAUAAGAAAAACAGCAGAUAUUGGGUAAUGGGAGGAAAAUUGAGAACAAGCAUCAAGAUACAGCUGCUAAUAAUGACAGAAAGUUGUGAAAGAGAGUGGAGGAGAAAUAGAGAGGUGGGAGUAACAGGCGAGGAGACAGACGGACGGACGAAUUGAGACACUGGUUAGAUGCGUGAUUAAUCCUCAGAGACGUACCAAGGAGGGAGGGGUCAAAGGUCAAUGAGGCAAGCUGCAAGGGGGAGAUCUGUGAUUGCUCACCAGCAUUUUUAUCUCCUAACUCAACAGAAGUAUUGUGUUUCCUCUGUGGGGAUACUUUGUUAGAUGUAGUUUGUGGUGUGGAUUGAAGCUGUGAGAAAGCUGUUAAAUACGUUUGGCUUACAUUAGAGGUAUUGAACUUUGGCUAACUCUGACUUUUAUACGCUGUGAAAAGCUCUAGAUGUGCUGCGUCUCACAUUUCUUCCUGCCUUCUCCACAUGUGUUUCUCUGUGCCCGUUGGAGAGAAAAAUGACUUAAUACUCAGUUUGAAUUAAUAUACGAGCAAAAUAAAUGGAGCCUGUGUGUUUGUCAUCGCAGGCUGGCAAGGUGAUGCAGUGCUGGCACUUCUGGCUGGGCCUGGUCCUGGUGCCCACUGCGUGUUUGCUCAAAGACUUCGCUUGGACUGCGUAAGUAGAACACAUUCAAUAUAAAUACGUGGGAAAUCCAUACUGAGACUAUUUAGCUUAACCGGCGCGUUUACAUAACCGAAAUUGAGUCUGUGUCAACACUUAAGCACUCUUCAUGAAUCACAUGUGUCUGUGAACACUCAAACUUUCCUUCAUGAGUCUGAUGAGCUCGCUCUCUUCUGCAGCACACGGCGCACUGUGAGGAAGUCUCUUUUGGAGGAGGUGCAGGAGUUGGAGGCUCGGGCCGUUGACCCAGGGGCAGCUGUACUGAGGGAUGCCAGUGGUCGAAGGUAUGAACAGUAUGCUGCAAAUCAUCGCCUUCAUCUCUGUCCUGUUUUAAUCCUCUCAUCAUUCAUGUCUUCAUUUUUAUUUCCGUAUUAUCUCAAGGUCAUUUGAUCCUAUAAAAACUCAUCACUACAUCGGGGUUAGUUUGUCUUAGCAGUAAUAGCUCCUGCUUCAAAUACAGAUUCUAUAGCUGUCAUUGCAGCAGUCACUGGUUUGACUCCCAGCUUCAUGUCAGCUCCUGCUCUUUCUCUCUCACCAGCGGUUCCAUCCAGUUAAAGGGGAAAAGCCCUCCUGAGGAAACCUUGAAAAAUUAGACAGCACUCAGGCAGAAUACUGUAUCUAAACUACGUCCUUUUCACACAUGAAGCCCCAAAGAUUCCCAGAAAAUGUCAGGACAGCCUCCCCCUGAUGUUUUCCUAAGAUGUUACUCACACGUCCAUCACAGCUAGAUGUUUUCACCACCAGACAGUCGGGGGUCAUGUUGUUAAAUGGAUGCUUGGGUAGUCACUGAAGAAAAGUCUGAUAGUGUGUUUAGUUGGGGGCGUGGUUUGAAUAUAUCUAUAAUUACAGUUUUUUUCAGUCGCUAACAAGCGUUUGUCAAACCAGUUGUCACAUUUUCAAAAGUGUAAACACAGGUAGCCCAGCAUCGGUCUUUUGUAGCUAUACCAUUCACACAUUUCAUGUUCUUUCCGCACAAUAUGCAGUUAGUGAACACAUUUCCACAGUGCUUACAUUUUAUUAACAGACAAGCUGCACCUCCCAACAAAAUUACGGAUUAUGUUUGUAUUAUUUACGAAUAUUAACACACAACAUCCCACAAUUGCAAAAACAAUAUUCCAAACCUUAAAUACAGUAAAAACCUUUUCUUCUGCAAUGAUAUCAGUUCAAAAACAAUAUAUCUCAGCUGAUUAUAAACAAUUUAAUGAUUGAUACACAGCUGAUGUAUGUUGGGUAAAUAGAUGCCAAACCACAGCUGAUUCCAGUCUGGCUAAGACUCAGUGGCAGGGGUUAAAAGGAGGACUUUGAGGAGUGAUCAUUUUGGAAAUAGACAAAGACAAAUACUGUAAUGUCUGGAUGAGGAAGAGUAAGAGCAAGGGACCCAGGGAGAAGAGCAGGCCCAGUGAGAGAUGCAAUGAGAGGAGCAGGUGAUGGAUAUUUUGUUCUUUGUAAGCAAUACUGUAAAACAGUAAAACAGUAUUUCUACUGUACCUCUUGUAGAAAACAGUAAAGGGGUAAAAAAAAAACUGAUUUGCUUUUCACUGGAAUGCUUUUGAAUUUGAACAUUACAUGUGGACAUACAGUUCCCAACCAAGAAAUUUAGUGUAAAAAAACGGUAGAUUGCAUGUUUUGCCUGCAACAAACGGACACUACAAACACAAAAGUCUAUGAAGUUUUUGUAAUGUCAGCAAUAGCCAGUAUCCUGAAACCUGGUGUACUUUGAUUGACUGCAUGUACUUUGUGAAGUGAAAACAAGCGUUAUUUUUUGACGGAAUAAUUUCAUUUUGAGUCAGAUUUCCAGAGAAAGAUGUGUUUUAUUUUGAAAUAAGAGUUUGUAUAUAUUUCAAAAAAUGUGUUUUUGAGAAGAAAAUUAUCCAUUUGGCCAACUGCGUUUUGUAGGUGUGAGUCUGUGUUAAGAGUUUAGCGCUUGUUAGAAAUUGAAAAAACAAAGUAAUACAUUUUCGUCCUGGAUGCAUCACUCUGUAAAGCGGCCCCUAAACCGGGGUCGUAUUAGCACAUGUUUCUGUAUGUGUGAGAUUGUACAGCAUCUAACUCCGCCCAUGCUGCCCUCCACAGGGCCGAAGCAAAGGCUGAGGUCCCGUAGCUGCAGAGCUGUCACACGCUAACAGAGGUAGUUCCUGGGUUUGCACUGUCCCACUGUGUGAACUUUAACCUCACAUGACCUGUGUGCCUCACUGCGAGCUGCUCUGGAGUGACCCUUGAUUGUUUUGAGUUCACAUCUCCACCUCUACAGUUUUGAUCAUGUUUUCCUCUUUUUCCUCUGCAUCAUUUAUUCAUCUUUGUACCUUUCCUUUUGUGUUUUUCUAACCGCUUUCUCAUCUCUGGGUUGCUCCAUAGGUGGCUCAAUUUGAACUGCUGCACAGACCUGGUGUGUCUAAUGGUUUUGUGUGUAGUUCAGUGUACAGUGUCACUAGAGCUGUGUUAGAGCUGUGUACUGUGCAGUUAUGGGUAAAAGUUGUAGACACAGUUUGUUCCUAAUAUUGCAGAGGUUUCUUAACUGGCUAGCUCUGAUGUAAAGUCAUAGAAAACACUUUUUGUGAAACUGUUGCUGCUAUUAGAGAGUCAUCUGUUUACUCUGAUCAGCGCUGGAGAACUGAGAGGGAGUUUUUCAGGUUAAGGAGAGAAGGGCAGGGAACUGCUCUGCUGCUCCUGACCCCCCCACAAGAGGCCUCGUCCUGGACUGACCCCAUCAAAGUGAGACUGAAACCUGGGGCCCUCUCCAUGUAGCAUUUGAGAGGCAGUGUAGCUAAAGGCAGAUCAGCAAAAUGGAAAAAGAGCACAUCUGUGUUUGUAGUUCCUGAAGUGGUCCUGGGGUAGGCAUGGGAAGGAGCUGGAAAGGUAGAGCACAGGAGCGUCUCCGGGGAAGAGUUCAAGCGGGACACAUCCUUGGGCUUUUUGAAUCAGGAGGUUGCCAGAAAAAACUCUGCAGGCAGAAAAAGGACAAUUUGGGCUGCACUGAUGCGUGGGCCUUUCAUUUUUUUUCUUUUAUCAUUCACUCAGCGCAGUCAUGUAUCUAACAGACAUCUUUUUUUUUCGGCUUAAGACUUAUCAGUCUUCAAAGCCCCUAACUCUGUGCCUCUUUUUAGACUAAAACUCUCGGCCAGAUUCCCACCUGUCAUAUACAGUAUUGAGAAUCUCCAAAUUUUAACCUUGGGAAAUCUGGCUCUGGACCAUAACAACCCCGAUGAUGAUCUUAAGAUAUGAGAAAACCUCCUCAAGAGACUUUAAUGCUCCAUUUGGAAAAUUAAUGUCGUAAAUGUGUUCUCUUCGAUAAAACUGGCAAAAAAAGUGACUUUUUGAAACAUUCAGGGAUACAAGUUUCCUCAAAUUUACAUGCAGCCUUUCUGCUAAUGACUGAAAUUGCUGUCAUGAUGGUUAUAGGACUUUAUGUGUACGGGUGUGCGUGCUCGCGUAUGCUCGCAAUAUCUGGAAAGGACUCAGUUAUUUUUGGUCACGGGAGGAGAGGAGCCGUGACGGCGUGUGGUCUGUGAACAGAGGAUCCAGUCUUCUACUUGGAAGGGGGGGAACGAAGAGGAGAGGAUAGAGGAGUGGAGGGAGGGAAAGUUUUCUGUGGAUGCCCUGUUACCCUGAAGCAGUUCAUGACUUACUGUUGGCUUAAUAUUAGAUAUAAGAUGCAGUCAGUUUUGAAUCCACCUUCUUCCAGCUCUCUACUCUAAAAUCCUCUCUUUGUUCGUUGAUCUGUGUGAAGCACUGAGAGAUAUGCGCACAAAUGAUUAUCCCAAUCCUUAGUGAUAGCAUUGUGUAGCAGUGUGAGUAGUUGAGACUCUCUUUUAAGUUCCCAAAAGGUACUGUAGCUUAACUGUGUAACCGACGUCUGUCUUUUCCCUGCAGUCUAAACGAACGGGCCCAUCUGCUGACAAGAGUCUUUAGGAAAACGCCUUCAAGCGUAGGACGCUCCAACUCGGUGCAGCAGACUGUGUCACGUGAGUGUCUGUUUCUUAACACACACCGUAAUGAUAUUUCCUAUCUAAAGGGAUAUUAUGGCGUAAAAUAAAACGUAACACUGAGUUAGACACCCCCUCGAGAGAUGAAUGUUGCCGACCGCUUGUUUCUCUAGUUAUACCAACUUUAGUAACGACCGCAGGAUAGCAAUACACAGCAGUCUGAGGAGCCACACACAAACCUCAACCAAAACACCACUCUAUAGCCACAAAUAAUGCUCAGAACAGCAACUAACUUCACCAACAGUACAUAUAGGGUCACAGCCAUAGUUCUAGCCACCAAACAUCUUUUUAACUUUGCCUAAUUUAUUUAGCAAACACUACUCUACUCACCUACUCUCUUCCAGCAGCCGCUUGUUUAUAACGAGACCUCAGGCCAGUCCAUUACAGACUGCAGCAGGGUGACGCAGCUCAAGGAAGAACAUUUAUGAUCAUUUCUUCAUGGAAAUGCAAUCAGACAGAGACGCUAAGGCAGAAGAACUACCACGUCUGCAGUGCAAAAUGAUUAAUAUGAGGAUUAUUACUUCAAGGAAAUGAUAAAGUAAUGAUCAUACAUGUUCCUCCUUGAGCUGCGUCACCCCGCAGCAGGUCUCGCUACAAACAAGAGGCUGCUGGAAGAGAGUAGGUGAGUUGUGUUUAGUCUCUUUGCUAUAGAAAUCAGGCAAAGCUUAAAAGAUGUUUGGUAGCUAGUGCUGUGGCUGGGACCCUAUAUGUCCUGUUGAUGAAGUUAGGUGCUGUUCUGAGCAUUAUUUGUGGCUAUAGAGUGGCGUUUUGGUUGAGGUUUGUUUAUGGCUCCUCAGACCGCUGUGUAUUGCUAUCCUGCGGUCGUUACUAAAGUUGGUAUAACUAGAGAAGCAAGCGGUCGGCAACAUUCAUCUCUCGAGGGGGUGUCUAACUCGGUGUUACGGUGUGUUUGACCCUAAAUUAAUUUUACGCCAUAAUAUCCCUUUAAUGUAGACUUCCAACUGAAAUUCAAGUCCAGAUAUUGUUAAUCAAGGUCACCUGCAUGUUGAAAAGAUUUAAUUUGUCCUCCCCACUAAACUAAAAACUGAAAAUUCCAACCAUGCGAACUCCACACCUCUUCUUCUUCCUUCAUCUCUGCAGAUGGCUACGCCUUCUCUCAGGAGGAGCACGGCGUGGUCUCCCAAUCGCAGGUUGUGCGCUCAUACGACACCACUCGCCAGCGCCCCAGCCUCUAG